AUGCUCGCGGGUUAACAACUUGCUGCUGAGGCGGACAAGUACAAAGAGGCUGCUGGUGCUGCAGAAGGGACGUGCUGUGUGCUACGGGAGCUAAAGUAGAGUUUGGCGUUGUAUUUCCGCCGUAACCGGACGAACUACCCUCCAAGAAUUUCACUCAGCGACAACUAAUUGAUAUAACCAAGGGAAGAAGUUGCAUUCAAGCGCAAAAACAGCUUUGGAGACUCUGGACGACUGGUAAGCUCAGCGCUUUAUACUGGUUUGAAACUUGUUAUAAAUGCAUAGGAUACGAUAUUCUUAUCGUCUUUUUCAAGGUUGAAGCUUUUCGAGAAUUUUUUGCUCCUAUGUUAGCAUGCACGAGCUGUGGAUUGUCCAAGUCUUUCAGUGAAUUGUGCAUCAGAUGCGUGUUCUGGGUCAGGUGGUGCUGCAGAGACACAGACCAGACAAUCCCAUGAAGCGCUGCUGGUUAAGCAGGAUUAUGUUUAAAGUCAUAUGGCGUUUGCUGUGCCGUCUAAGAUUCUUGUAAUCUGUCGUGUUUUUUAUUCUGCGAACUUGUUGAGGCCGGACAGGUGUCGUGGAGGAGGUGGAGGUGUCCCACAUGGUUCAGUGGUUGUCCAUACACGGGUUGAACUUUGAGCUCCAAGUGCAGGGAAGUGGAGAAGGAAAAGCCUGUUAAUUCAUAAAGAUUUAACUUUUGAGUCUAUUGUGUGAAAGUUUGUGCUAUGAAAAUACGAAGCCAUUGGUUUUUUGUUGAUCCAGCUGAACCCUUACCAUUACAUGACCCGAAAUGACUCAUUUUUGCCGUGGAUUUAACAGCUGAAAUCACCUUUCACCACAGUCAAAAACACCUUACUCAACCAUCUAGAAAGGCAGUGUCUUUUUCCACACUUUAUUUUAUGAACCCUUAGAAAAAUACACCAAAGUGCCCAACUCAUAACUUAAGUACCUUUUAUAGGCUGUCCUCAUCUUUUGAAAUAUUUCUCUUUAGUGGUCAUCCAGCCUCAAACCAACACUGCAGAACUAUUUCUUUCACUCUUCCAGAUUUGGCAUGCCACCUCCUAUUUUUCUCAGUGUUUGUGGUUGAAUCAGGCAGGUGAAAGCUCUCUAAAAGCCUGCAGUAGGGAGCUAAAGCAUAGAAGAAACAGAAUAAAGGAGGCAUCGACCUGGACGGUGGUCCUCUAUUGUAUUUUGGAGAGCUGGGAUCAAGUAGAGGAGUCUUUACUGUCUCCAGGACUCUAAGGCUUUGCUACUUUCUUUUAAAGAUAAAGUGCUGAGUUGAUAUGUCAGGUUUAAUGAAAUUCUUCAGCUUCCAUUGUGGCACUUUUGGCAUAUCCCUGUAACCACUUUUCUACACUUGGUCAUUAUAAGAAUAGAGAUAACAAACAGUGCUUUCAUCCAAGAGUCAUCCAAACUUGAAGGAACCAACCGGGAGAUAUUUGUAUGUUUGUACGUUUUCAUUGUUCAAGCGAUGAACUACAGCCGUUUUAACCAUCUGACUGUUCUUAACUCGUGAAAACUUCUUUAAAAUUUCAGUGACGGCUCCUCCUUCCUUACCAACCUAUCUCUGAAACAAAUAGCUGUAAGUUAUGAAUGAAAGUACUUCUGGUGUUCCCAUUUCAGAAUUACCAAGCGUCAAACACACCAGAAGAGUGUGUAGCUUCCAGCUCCGUGGUACAUCAUGUGUUUCAAAUAUAAUCCACUGAUUUAAGCCAUGUAGAUAAGUCUAAACAGAGCCUAAGUCUUUACACUUAACUGCAUUAAACACAAAGACUUGGUGUGUGAGAGAAAAGUGGUAGAAAAACUCCUCAGAAAUGGAGUUUCCGAAUCGAACUGCCUGAAUUGCUGUUUUUGCUAAAAGCUGUAACUUUCUGUUCACUUGUCCUUGGCAGUUGAGCCAACAAGAAAUGUUUUGGAAACUGCAGCCAGCAGCUUAGUCUUGUUUAUGUGCUGUCGUCAUGUACGUUACAUGGCAUACACAACAUUAUGUAUUGUCUGGGACACAAGAAGAAUGAAGUUUUGUUACAUUUUGGUGUCUAAAUGAUCAGAAUAAGAGUUUUUGUGACAUGAGUUUUUUUGUUGUCUCUACUAAUUUGUAGAGUUAGUUUUUCAACAUUGAACGGCUAUAAAUUUUGCAAUUGAAUAUGGUUUCCAAUGUGAGUCUCCAAAGUGAGUAUAAGCAGCUGUUCAUUCAGAAUCUGAACGACUGGACCAUCAGUAGUAAUUUCACCAUUUAGCUCUGGCAGAUGGCCGUCUACAAAUAUUUCCAAUUGUACUGAGGGUUUCAACCAAUUUCAAAAGUUUAUUGGUUAUAAAUGAAGCCUUGCUAAAUAGUAUAAACAUGGUGUAGACCUGCUGUGUAUUGUUAGGUAGUGUCCAUCCUUUUGUGCUAAGUGUCUACAUAUGAGUCUGGUUGUGCCCAAGGUUUCUGCCUAUUAUAAUUAAAUUUCUCCAUGCCCUCACUGGCAGUCCUCUCAUGAUGGAUCAGUGUUUGGUCUGUUUUGAUAGUAUUAAGAAGUUAGGUCUAGAUUUGCCCUAUUUUUUAAGCUGUGACCCUGGCCUAGCUGUCCCUGAACAUGUCUGGUUCUGCUCGAGGUUUCUGCCUGUUUAAAAAAAAAAAAAUAACUGACUGAUGGAUAUUUAACUGCAACAAUGUGUCACGUUUAUGUAGCAUGUUGGCAGCUCACGUGCUUUUUGUUUAUCACUCUUAAGUUCACAGCUCACUCCUCUUUCUGUAACCAGCUUAGUGAUAAAUCUGUACAUUGUGCAUUCCCUCCAGCAACACCCAGAGCUUUCCACAGCCUCUCACUGUUUUCCCCUCCACAUAAGCAGGAUCGGGUGCGAGCACAGCCUGGUGUUGGUUGGUACAUCAGGCUUAGCUUCAGCAUCGUGAGACUCGGUCAUGCAGCCUCUGUAGACAUAUGGCAGGGGUCUCUCAAUUAACACCUUGGUGAGACGACCUCUCUGUCCACAUGAUCAAAGCCGGGCCUCCUCUGCUCGGAUGUAUCACCCCCGACCUCCACCUCCCUGUGAUUAUGACUCCCAUCCCUUCACUGUUUGCUCAGAGAAAAUGACUUCCACUCCGCUUCCCCGUCUGAGCGGGUUUCAUGUCAAAUCUGGCCCAGCUCGACACUUUUUCUGGAGUCCUUCAGUGUUUUCUCUGUAAUUUGAAGUGGAGGGAAACAGAGUUGUAAUUUUAGCUUUGGUUGAACAUCUGUGAGUGCUUCUUAUGCCUCUCUUGCAUAUUUUGCUGCUUAAAAUACAACAUUUUUGGCUGCUUUGGCUUCAAAAGAUUAGUUUGUUGGUACCCCUCAGUACUCUGAUAUGACAUAUAGCCCAAAUAAACCACUCUUACUGGUCUGUGUGUGACUGUGGAGGUGAAGGGAGUUGUUACAGCUGUUCAUGCCUGAGAGUGUGGGAUGAAAACCUACAUGAGCUCUGGGGUCUGCCCUGUUAUUACCAGAUCAAAACCGCUUUAAGUAGUAGAUCCACUUAAACUAAACAAGGAGGUCUCCCCCUGCAAAAACCAAACGUCGCUGAGAACUGUGAAAAAACACUUAGCUGAUGUGUCCAAUUAACUAUCCCAUAAAUAUCUCACUGAAAACUAUCAUAAAUAUGCAGCGCAGCAGGUUUUCUUAGAAGUUACUUAGUUCAGUCAAACAAAAACCCUAAAAACAAACUUGGUGUUCAGGGAGUCUUCUAGAUUUCCCCCAGCCUGGUGUGGCUGCCUGGCCAGCCCCAUGUUGUUUGUAAAUUAACGAGGAAGUCAUUAUUAAAGUGAUCAAAGCUCUGGCAGAACUGCCCGAAAAUCUUUUUAAAUCAGUACUUACUGGAUUUAGGGGCUUAACACAGUCUGAGAUGGCCUCAGAUGGAUUGGGAGGCCUUUGUGUCGGCUGAGACUUGGCGGUGAGUUAGGAUUAUCAAUGUGAUCGCUUCAUCAUUGUUAAUAAUAUUUGAAUUUGUCAAAUUUGGCUGCUAUUAUUUCAACCCUGAGUCAUGCUGAAUGAUAUUUUAAUCAUUGUAAUGUGAACAAAAGAAACAAUUUACUGUAUACCAGCUUUGAAAUUUUACAGUCAUGUCAAGUCCUACACAAGUCUAAUAUUUAUCCAAAUAAUAAAAAAAGACAACUGAAAACUUUGAAAACGCAGCCCUGAGUAGCUCCUUCUUGGUGAGUGAGAUGCACUCUCUGCUUGCUUGAGGCUCUAUGUAACCCUAUAGAGCUGCUAAUAGUAUUUCUUGUACUAACUGUCUGAAUCCUUCGUUGUCAAAAAAUGUCCGCAGGUUGUACAAUCAGUGAUACAUCUUGUGAGCUCUUGAGCUCUUGCACUGUCAUGGGAAAAUGAGGCUGUAAAGACUUCCUCAGGGGGCUUUUGGCCUGGAUGGAUUUUUACCCUUGCGACUUUUUUAAUUUUUUGGAUGGAUUUAUUUAUUUGUGAAGUGGCCCCUCACAUUAUUCAGAUCCCCCAACGUGGGUGUCACUGCUGUCUGGAAGUGGAUGCAUAUUCUUUUUUUUUUGACAGUCACCUUCUUGUCUUUCUUAUGUCUUGACACGCGGGAAACCAAAAUUCUUCCACAGGUCAGAUUUAAGUAAAAUUAGAUGUUAUUGAUGUAAUUCAGUGGCCCUACUCUUACUCUGCCUAUAAUGAAAAAGCUCCUCUGCUCCUUUGUGUCCAGUAAUAGCUCCAUGAGAGGAAGCCUUGUCUCACUGAUGAUGGACUUGAUAACCUCUUUUUACCUUCAGGGCCUGUGGAGCUGAAGCCCCGUUUAGCGGCAUCUGCUGGGGUCAUGAACUCAGUCAAUUGUCAGCCAGUGCAUCACAAGAGCAAACAAGACGUGUGCACCAAACUCUCCGAUUGUCACUUUGAAAUAUCACAGCAUAUAAGAAAGUUGCUUAAAGAUGUUCUGGCUUUGCCACCUGGAAAGGCGUCUCCUAUGUAAAGUCAGUUUCACAUAAUUUUGUAUCAAUAAUAGCGCAGUAAUUCGUUCCUGCGAGCUUUAACUUAUGUAGGUUUUGUGUUUGGAGGAAAGUUGUGGCGGUGAGGAUGAUUGAGCGAAGGUAUUUCUCAGCAUAGACGGGAUUAACCUCGGCUAAACCUUGAAGUGUGUUUCACAAAGAUGUUUUGUUUCCUGGUAUGUUAAUCUCUUUUUUCAUUCAUCUCGACACUUGGUCAUCAUGCGCCCUUUAUAUCAGUUGGGAUAAGUGCUGUUUGCAAAUACUAUUAUGUAUAAAAAAAUGUGGUCCAUAUCGUGAGUUUCUCCUCCUUGUUUAACAAAAAAAAGCUUUUCUCUCUAUUCCUCUUUUCUUUCUGACAGUUUAAAACACUUUAUCACACCCUCUUGUUUACUCAGCGUGCUGCCACCCAGCAUGAUUGUUUUAUUGGAGUUGCAAAGAUAAGCUUAGAAUGGUUUAUGAAUGAUCGCUCUCUAAAAAGAGUCAGUAUCAGAGCCUUGCUUUGAGUGGAUGCGCGGGAUCUGCUUGAGACUCAUGGAGUGAUCUUGUGAACUGAAUCCAUUAAAAACCUCAAAGAUGCCCUGAGAGCUUCACACACUGCUUGAUGCAGCUUGUUGUAAAUGUUUUAUUUUUCCGCCACUCCUCCCAUUGCGGUCAGAUAUCAAAACAAAUAUUUGACCGCAACGUGAGGAGUGGCAGGAAAAAAGAAAACAGAAUGUGGUGGGGCAGGGUACGCUGAAACAGCUAAUUAUCUUUUUACUGCCUCGUGCAUUCCUCAAGAAAAAUGCAUCUUACAGUUCUUGAACACUGGAAAUAGACUCACUUUCACACAGAGGGUGGCUGCGCUACAAUGCAAUGUGUAAUAAUGUUCUGUAAACUUUUAUUUUAUGACUCAGCGUAAAUCUACUUCAAAAGAAAAUGAUUUGGUGCUUCUUUGAUUAAUUAUCAACAUUUUUUUAUAACCUUACAAUAAAUGAGUAAGUGGUAACAAGAUAGUUUCUAUUUAAGGCAGUAAAAGGCUCAUAAAAAGCAAAACAAAGAGGAGAUAAUAUCUGCAAAAAGAAAGCAACAUCCCUCAAUUCGUACCUCUUUGCAGGUAUCAAAGUUGUGUUCUUACUGCCACUACUUUGCAGCUUCCCUUGUCCGACUUUAUACACAGAGCGACCUCAGCGGAUCUUUAAUAAUCUGGAUCAAAUGAAAGGCAUCGGCAAACCUUUGAAAGGAUGUAUUCACAACUUUUGUAGCUGUCUUUGUGUCAGAGGGAGGUGUCGUUUUUUUCGAAACGCCUCACCGUUAGCUCGUUAUUAUCCCGUCAGAACUUCUUGUGAAUGAAGGACAAGUCUUAGGAGGAGAAGAGGAGUGAUAAAAUCCCGCCUGUUUCUUGUACGUUAAGCAGGACAAGGCAGGUGCGGAGGGAAUUCAGGGCUCAGUUGAUACUGUGAUAAUCCCUCAGCUAUGCGGGCAUGCUCAGACUUUGCCACUCAAGUUGGAGCAUUCCUCAAAAAGGCAGUUGGGGCAGUUGGAUCCAGGAACAGCAGAACUCAGUCCUUGUCAUGGCUUGUAAGCAGGUUGUAAACAUUAAGCAUGGUAGCCUUUUUUACUCUCUAACGACACCAUCUUUCGAAACAGUUUUUUAUAUGCCUUUUUUUUUAUUUUAUUUUUGGUGAAAACUUUUGUCUUCCCUUGGUCAGUUUUUGCCACUAAAAACUCCCAGCACAGUGGCCAUCUAAUCACAACAAGAGAUGACCAGCAUCGUAUCAUAAAUCAUCCCGUACUAGGGCUGCAACGAUUAGUCGACGUAAUCGAUUACGUCGACACGACAAAUUCAUCGACACGAAAAUUAAGCGUCGACAUGUCGUGUUAUUGUUAAGAAUCACAUGCCGGCGCCUCAUGCUCAUCUAUAACUGCAGUACACUACAGGAUGUGCUGGGGGCAGUAGCGCUCGCUGUUUACAUCCCGCGAGCAAACACAGAAGAAGAGUGCACACAUUAUGGCAGAACAAACUGAAAAAGACGCUCCAAAACUCCGACUCAAAACUUCAGAAGUUUGGGAACAUUUUGCGGAGAACAAACCAAAAAAAAACACGUUGAUCAAAGCUCAGCUUUCCUACCAUGGCAGCACCAAGGCGAUGCAUGAGCACCUGAAACGCCGACACCCUGGAAAUAGGUGUUUAUAAAUAAAGAAGAUAGUGAUUAAUCGGACAACUAGUCGAUAGAUUAGUCGACAAAAAAAUAAUCAUUAGUUGCAGCACUAUCCCGUACCGUAUCAUAUUGCAUUGUAUCGUAUUAUAUUGUAUUGCAUUGUAUCGUAUUGUAUCCCAUAGUGUGUUACCCUAAAAUCCCCACCUCUAUGAUGCCUGUUGAUUUGGGCACAGAUGCCUCAGCAGUCUAAGCACCCCCCACAUAUAGAGGCUCUGGCACUUGUCUUAGUAGUUGUUGGUUUGAGUACCAGCCAUGACCCUUUUACUGCAGGUCUUAAUCUGCUCUCUACUCCCCAGAUUUCCUGCCUCUCUACAGCCGUCCUAUCUAACAAAGACAAAGGCCCAAAAUGUAACUGUAGAGUAUAUGUUGUUCUAACAAUCUAACACGUACCAGGUUGUUAUAUUGAGUAUUCUGCAUGUUGGAAACUAUAAAUCAAUAUAACAGUUGGAAGAUAAAGCUAUAAUUAAGAAACUGUCAGUCUUAAUCCACUGUAAAUCAAACUGUAAUUGAAGCGUGAAGAAAGGUGUGUCUGAAUUUCCAAAGAAAGAUAAGGGUGGAGUAUCUCUUUUGAUUGGAGUUGUGUUGGUUUGUGUAGCUUUUACCCAAAGGCUAUUCUAACUAAAACACCCUCCUACUCCUCCAUGUUCUCCUGAACUCUGCAGACGGAGCAGAGCUGCAGCCACUGUUUACGGCUGAGCCCUCGCCGGCUGGUCACCGGGCUGCUCAUGUUACAGUCUUCCUCACUGACUGGUAUUGUCGGGUUACAAUGCGUGUGUGUUUGGUGUCUGAGCGGCUGCGUUGUGAUUGGUUUGUGAUCUGCUGUGUGAGACAGCGCUGUGUGACGUCCCGGAGUUCAGUCCUUCAUUUUUCUGUGGGAUGGUUUCUCUGUGAUGGUGCUGGGAGUAGACUGAACUUCAGCUGAAAGGAAUGCAUAACUGGAGGACUUUUAAGACCUGAGUGAGGUGAGUGCAGACAGUAUAUUUGUCAUUUUUUAAAAAUGGUGUUGUAGUUGUCUCCAGUUUUUGAGCUGCGUAUUUGCAUCCUUGCUGUCUGCAGAUGUGGAACUCGUCUCUCAUUUCUGGGAGCACGCUUUCAUUAAAACCAUGAUUGUCUGUGUGCAUUUGUAGAGUUUUACACACUAGAGCUGCAACAAUUAAUCGGCUGAAAAAAAUCAUGAACCAAAUUGUUUUGAUGAUCAGUUAAUUGUUUCUUUUUUUGCAUCUUGGAUGUGAAUUGUUGGUUUCGACAAAAUCUUAGUCUAGUUUGCGAGGUGAGUACUGUUCAGCCGGACACUCGUUGUCGGUGUCUCUGAGUCUCCUUGAGCUGUUUUGAGGGUCUAGUUAGGGUAUGGGAUUGAUGGGGGGGGUUGUUUUGUCUACAGCUGCUGCCUCACACAUUCAGUGUCACUCUGACCUCCGUCUUGUCAGGCUCUGCUGCUUUGGCUGAAAUGUUCAGUUUUAUGUAUUGAGUUACUUUGUUGUGACCACUUCUGCCCAAACAGCAGCCUGUUACUCACCCUUCAGCGCUUUCACUAACUGUGCUGCUGACUUGUGGGGCUCGUGGCUCUUUGCUUCAGUGUAGCAGGUGUCAGUGCUGUUUGGGUUUUGGUUACUAAUCUGGGCCAUGUGGUGCUUUAUGUGACUGAUCAGUGGAGCAAAGGUGGAGGAGGGAGCAUGAGUAUCUAGGAGGGAUCGAAAUGUAAGGUAGUCAACAUGACCAGUCCUUUCCAUCCUUUCUUCCAUCCCUCCAUCCCUCCUCCCUCCCAUUCUCCCUUCAAAUCCCUCCUUGCUUCUGCCCUUCCUUUCCUCCCUUCCUUUCUUUCUUCCUUCCACCCUCCCUUCCUUCUUUCCUCUCUUCUGCUGUUCUUCCUUCCAUCCUCCCUUCUCUUCUCCCUUCCUUCCUUCUGUUCUUCCUUCCACCCUCCUUUCCUUCCUUCCUUCUCUUCCCCUUUCCCUCUCUCUUCUACCCCCCUUUUCUCCUGCCUUCUCUCUUCCCUUCUGCCCUUCCUUCCCCUCCCUUCCCUCUGUUCUUCCUUCCACCCUUCCUCCCUUCCUUUUUUCUUUCCACCCUCCUUUCCUUUCUUUCUUACUUCCACUUUCCCUUCCUUCACUCUUCUCUCCCUUUCUUCCUUCUUAUUCCUCCUGUUCUCCCUUCCUCCCUUCUUUCUUUCUGUUCUUUCUGUCUCCCUUCCUUCUGUUCCUCUGUUCUUCCCUCCCUCUUUCCUAAUAUCCCUUCCUUCCACCUUCCCCUUCUUUGCCCCAUUAUUUCUUCAGUUCUUCCUUCCUUCCUUCUUACCUACCCACCUUCCUUCCCUCCUCCGUUCUUUUCUGCCUUCCUUCUGUCGUGCCCCAUUCUUUCCUUUUUUUCUUCCUUCCUUUUUUUCUUUCCCUAUUUCUAACUUCUUUCUUCCCUUCCCUCCAUCCUUUCUUUUUACUUUCGUAGUUCAUUGCUUUUAUUCUGUCUCUCUUUUCAAAUCUUAUUUUUCUUCUUUUUCAUCUUUUAAUGUUGAUUUCUCACUUUCCUUUCUUCAGGUAAAUAUCUGAUAUCUGCUGUUCAUGUGAUUCACACAUACAGUCAUCAUGUAAAGUCACUGACCGUGUGAAGUGGUCUUUUUAAAGCUGUUUCCAGUCAGGAGGUCUUUCAUAAAACUUGUCUGCGGCCUCUUUGAACUUCCUCCAGAAGAAGAAGAAGAAGGUCGGGGCGUUUCUUGGUAAACUGUUAGACUUCAGCAGUAAAUGAUUUCCUCCUGUGGUCAGUGGGGCUUUGUUUACAGUGGCGAUUGACUCCCUGGUGACACCGUUGAUCUUAUCUGCUGUGGUGGGAGCUUCUGUGCACAUGAAGACCGGCUGUCAGCACGCCACAGUGGGAGCUCUUUAAUAUGAGGCUGAUUCAACAUCCCACAUUAACCACAGGGAGUAAAUUCUCUGUUAUCAGCACAAAGAUGAUGGAGCUUUUAAGUUGUCCCAUUUAUUAUUCACACACAUGCGCCCAUGUGUCAAUGAUGUGCAUUCAUUCAAUGGUUUUAGUGUAUCUAAUGAUGUUUAUUAUUUGUGUGGCUGUAGUCCACAUCACGGCACCGUGGUAAAGUCAGGUUGACAAUGGCGCCACACACUCUCAGGUUUCAGUUUCCACAAAGCGUGGGGCAGAUCGCUAUGGCAACGCUGUCCGCAGUCAUUCCCCCUGACCUACCCAUGUUCAGUGAAGAGAGAGAGCAUAAAGUCCUCUGUACCUUUUUUUAAGGAUACGUUCAGAGAGUUGAAUAAACACUUCUGAUUAGUGGAGGAAAAAUUAGAUGGUGCAGCAAAAACAGAUAAAUAAAAAUAAGCUUAAGAUAGAAUAAGACUGCACCUUGAAACAGAAAUUCACAUAAUGUUCAAGUCUUUUAUUUUGACUAAAGCUUUAAUACAUGAAGUGGCGUGUGUAUCUGUGCUUCCCAGCUUCAUGUAUUUAUUCAUUUAUUGAACGUUAUCAUCUCUUUUCCAGUGAGCUCAUAUUUUCAGUGAUAACAGAGCUGGUCAUUUAAAUGUUUCAUUGCCAGAUUCAACCUUUUCAUGUCAUAAAUUAUGACACAUUUCCAGUUUAUCAGUCAUCUAUUGUUGCCACAGCUUCCCUCCCUUCCUUUCUCUUGUGGCUGUUUUACAUAUUCAGCGACAUCUGCCACCAGACCUCUCCACCGGCCAGUACUGGUUGUCCCUGCCCUCCAGUGUCGCUGAAAUAAUAGUCGAGCACGGGUCACCACUCAAGUCAAUAUUUAUUCUGAGCGUUGCCUUCUGGGUAGGGGGGUGUCUUUGUAUUAAAAGUGGUUAGUGAUACCAGAAUUCAUCGUGAAGACUCAUCAGGAUGAUUCAAAGCAAGUCUUAAAUUUUGACUCAGGGAUGAAUAAAAGGAAAAUGCCCCACUCACAAUGGAGCCAUAGUUGGGAAAUUGGUCAGAGACAGGUGCGGCAAAGUCAGUCAUAAAACUUUGGGAAUCUCGUGUGGCAGGAAUGUUUGUGGGCCCCAUUAUUACCCGUCAAAUACAGCUUAAGAUAACACUUUUGCUUAUCAUAACAUGACUCCACGAGUAACAAACGCGAUGCUGAAUAAUUUUGACAGCACUGGAAGAACUGUUGUUUUUCUUUCUCCUCUCUCUCUGAAUCAUUCCCAAAGGUGACAUCGAAAAUUCCCAGAAUACCCUGGGAGUGAAUCCCUUUGUGGGACUGGAGGAUCCCCACUUCCACCAAAAACAGAGAGCGGCCAUAAUGCCACAGUGUUUCCAGUGGAAUGUCACUGCUAUUGUCGAGCAGAGUGACUCCCACUGGGAAGACACCCCCCUCGCCUCCUCACCCCCUCACCCUCUUCUCUGCCAACACAAUACAAUGUGUUGCAUUCGAGCUAUGAAGGCAUGCUACUGUUUUCGUAGCCUGUGACCCUGUGACCGCCAGCCCGGGCCCGGAUAAUGAAAAAGACGACACGGAAGUCAUUAGUUAGUCCCACAGUUGGUACAGCUUCCUCUGCACACUGCCUCAGGGAAUACUAACCGCUCUGAAACUUUAGAUUUUGGUACCUAAAAGUUAAGAUUAGAUGUCUAAUGACCAGGGAGACAGUAGUUUGAGCUGAAACAAGAAAUGAACUGUCUAAAAUAUUUAACUAACAACUUAUGCUCUGAUUGUGUUUGGUAUCCAUUAAUCUAUCUGCUUUCUUUUGAGCAUUUAUGGUACAAAAAUGAACACGUAUCACAUUUUAACAUCGCAAAGCUCAGUGAAUGUGACAUUGUGUUUCAUAUCAGGUAUAAAACAUCUCUUUUAAAUCUUUAUCUGAUGAUUAAGGCUCAAGUAGCGUGUCAGAAAAGUCCUUUUACUCGCCCUCUUUCUGAGACAAACAGUCUUUUGCUUUUUUAACAGCUUCAGGAAGUUGUUAAAGUUUACUGUAAAGAAACAGGGAGUCUCUUUGUUGUUGUUCUUGGAGCGUGGAAACUCUUCAAGUGGGCUGCCAGUGCUGAAAGAAGCAACUCUCAGAGCCGGAUAGAGUUAAGUGUGUGUAUGACAGGUAUUUACCGUGUGUGUGUGUGUGUGUGUGUGUGUGUGUGUGUGUGUGUGUGUGUGCAGUUCUUCUGAGCCGUUACCAGUAAUAAGUAGUACAUGAAACUGAUAACUGGUAUUUUAGAUAACUGAUAUUCACAGCAUAUCCUUAAUGAGCUCCACCAUUGUGCAUGGAAGUGUUCACUGCAGUACUUGCCCUAAAUCCUCGCCUGCAGCUGGCUAAACUUAAUUUAAAGUAGAAAUGCUGUCAGUGGACACAGGCCCUUAGGACGAGAAGAUGUGAAUAUCGCCACCCUGAUGUGAAAGAAAACGUUUCUAGAGCAUAUUGCAUCAGUUUUAAUCGUUUCUCCUAGAUUUGUCUUUAAUUUUUAAGUGUUUACACCCCCUUGUUGAUUGAACAUGUCUUCUUGCGUAUCUGGCAUGUCUCCACCUCUUAGACGGUCUUUGUUUUUAUGUUUCCUCGUUGCUCCCCCGAGGGAAUAAAUUAGACUUUCAAAUUUGGGACCAAAGUGCCGUGUGGACAGCUUUGAGGGCUGUCAAUGACCAGACCUGGAGAUGCGAACAGGAAGAGAGAGCAGAUUGGUUUCCCUUUGGGGGGGCCUCAUCUUUACUGUCAUCAUCCCAAAAAGAGCUCCCACCUCCCCUCCCCCGUGCUCCUCUUUUCCUUCCCCACACACACCUUUUUUUUUUUUAUCUCCCCCUCUCUCAGUGGAACAAAUCAUUUAGCUCCCACCCUAAUGGGAUUAGUUGGCGCUCCCUGCCUCCCUCCCUUCCUUCCUCUCUUGUCUUCUUUCACAAACUUGAGUCCAUCCUUCAGCUCGUCUCUUUUGGGGCUCUGUGGAAAAGCACAAGUGGUUCCUCUCAAUAGAAAGCUUUAAAGAGGGAAACUGUGAAUUAAUGAGAAUCUAAAGGAGGUUUUUCAAGGUCUGGGUCUCAUUUUUAACUGGAUUUGUGACUUAAAGUUUGUGUCAGUGUAAUCUUAUAAAUACAGUGACCUUUAUCUGCACCAUGAACUCUAAAUAAAUUUUUUAUCACCACUUUUUGGCGUCCCAGAGACGGAUCAGGGAUAAAAGUGACUCCCCCCCCCGAUGAAAACGCUUGAUAUCUCAGAUGACAUAUGACAUGGAGGCUCAUUUAUCAGGCUGAAUCUCCAAUAGCUUCCCCACAUGUAGCCGUGCAGUCCUGUCAUCACAGAGAUAAACAAUGAGGCCAGCUGAGAGCGAGCCGGGAAUCACAAAAGCAAGCGAGCCUCAGGACCAGCUGGGGACGUGCUGCUGGACAGAUGGACGGGAAUGCAUUUUAUAUCACAUUUGAAUUUCAUAUACAAGUUCCCACUGAGGUUUUUCUGUUUGCACAACAUCCUAUAAUCCCUGCAGCUUUGGCGGACAGAGGAUCUUUUCUAUUAGCUUUUUUUGAAUAUUGAGCCACACACAUUUCACAAGGUGCGUAUUAGUUUACAAAACAAUAAGUAGGGCUGCACGAUUUUGGCCAAAAACUCUAUUUUUGAUUUUGAUUUUAUUAUUUAGUGACAAUUUCACCAAACUUCACUUUCAUAAAAAGUCUUUCUAUCAUCUCUAAAAACGAAACCACUCAAAACGAUGUUGUGCAUAUGCCAAGCCAGUAAGUGGCGCUGUAACGCUGUUGAGGAAAUGUACAAAAGACAGAAGAAGAGUACAGCGCAUGCUAUUAAAGGUUGUUUUCGAUGGACACGCGCAAGCGCCUAAAAAGAGUUACGCUGUGUGUCACAUAAUCGUUUCAAGAGAUGCAGAUUGGCAUCCAUGCGGAACGAAAAUGGUAGUCGUUUACGGAUUUAUGCACUCUCUGACCCGUUUUCAAAAAGUACUGUUUACAGUCACCCAAAACGCCAUUUCUAAAAUGCAGCUAUGACAAAAACUUUAGCGUUUACUCCUGAAUUUGUUUCCGUGUAGACAGGUUGAUACUGCCUUCAGAAGACUUUGCAGCAGGGAGUGGUUUGCUCUUCAUCUGAAACUGCGAAGACGUACCAAUCCCACACGACUGACUCGUUCCUGUCCUAUUUCUCCACGAAAUUAUCGCCUUCAUCGUGUUUGUUUACACUGGUGUGUGUGGGAACUGGGGAGCACUCCUGUAGGAAGGGGGAGCCUAUGGUGUCCUGGAGGAGCGAGACAUAAUGGAGAGCAAUAUCCAUUCGAAGGUUUAAAAUUUUUUAACAUAGUCAUAAUCAAAUAAUCUGAUUACAAUUUAAAAUCGAUGAAUAAUAAUGCCCUAAUUCAGAGACAAUUCAGCAUUUUACCAACUGUAAACACGUUUCAGUGAAAUACUUAAAAAAAAAAAAAAAAAAAGGCAGUAUUCAUCUGCUCAGGGCCUCUGUAUGAUCUUUUCCAGCCACCUGUUGCAAACACAGUCAGUUGCCACUUCUGCUGAUAACAUUGAUUAAUGCAGAUUUUGAUCAACUGAAAAACCGACCCCCUUUCAGAAGCCAAGCUGUGAAAUGAUUCACAUUAAACGGUAAAUGAAAACAUCUUUUCGAGGCUCUUUGGUGCUUGUUUUGUGUUCAAAAGCCCCUGAGGCUGGCAGGUUGUUGUUUCUCUGCUCCUGGUACUCCUCGACUCCCAUCUUUUGUUCCCAGGAUCUGGACCAUGACACAGCUGGGUCUGCGGCCCUGAGGGAUGAAAAACUGUUGAGGGAGAGCUGAUUGAUAUCUGAAUUUUUCCAUUAAACAAAACCUGAUUCCCUGUUUAAUUUUCAGUCAUUUUUAAAGUCAAGUUGGAGGAGCAGAGAUGAUGAUGAUCCGUACAGGAUAUCACAUUUGCCUAACUUAGCCUUAUAACUGCGGGUAAAGUCUGUCAUGGCCCGGCCUAUUGGUUCAAACAUCAUCAUGCAUUUCCUCAGAUUGAUCGUAAACUGCAGUAUUUUCUCCCUGAAAACACUCAGACUGAAGUGUCGCCUUCAUAUCUGUUUGCAUGCUUGCGUGACAACUUGCUGCAUCGUGCCGUGCCCCCCUGACAUGACGGCCCCGCCCCUCCCCCGACAGUAAUUGGCCUGUUAUUCAUUAACGCUAUAAUUAGUCAAGAGCUCAAGUGUUUACCUGAGCGAAAACAGUCCAAACAAAACAGAUGAGGUUUGUCUUUGUGUGUGAAACAUUCCUGACAUAUUUGUCCGUCUGACCUAAAGUCUAACAGGAUCAAUCUAUUGGACUAUAUUUAUAGGAUAAAGUGUGGAGCGUCAUUCAAAACUCUCUUACCGUGAUGUUUCUCUGCUGUUUUCAGCACUUUCAGUCUCACCUCAGCGUCCUUUGUGGAAGUUCACAGCCCCCUUCAUGCUGUCGUCACUUUAAUUAGCUUGUAUUUCAUUGUCUGGCUGCUGUCAGAGGGAGCAGGGCUGCACAGGGACCCAGCGGUGGAUCUUGCUGAUGUGUCUCUGAAAGGUCAGCGGAGUGGGCUCACUUGGCACAAAGGCAAACAUGGGGAGCACUUAAGGUUGGGGAAUUUCUCCCACAAUGCUUCUUUUGAGAGCGCUGACAGCAGAAGUGAAAGCUACUGGAGAGAAGGUCUCUAACCGGAGCUUCGGACUCCAUCAGGAGCUGUUUGAAUUUCCUGAGAUGAAGUUUAAAUCGGUGUCGAGGUAUUUUUAGUUUGAGGGAGAAGUUCUGUUUUUAGCUCAUCAAAAAUAACCCAGAGCUUCUUUUCACCUUUCAAACCUAGAUUUAUUUUCAUCCCUGUUAAAAAUAGAUUUCUACGUUUACUCAAAGGUGUCUAACUCUGCAGAGAGGAAGAGACAUGAUUCACUGAGAGCAAACUUAAACAAAUAUGACAGUUUUAAUAUCACAUUUUAUGAGUGUUUCUGUUUUCCUGACUUUAAAAAUCCACUUCAGAGACAAGUUCAUAUUUCAAACUUAAAUUAAAAUACUUGGCAGCUUUAGUUUAGUCUUUUAAAUGAAGACAGGAGAUUAAAAAGUCCAAGUUAGGGCAUGCGUAUUAACCAACAUGACUGAGAUAAUUAAAUUUUUUUAUUAGUUAUUUUUUUAAUCCUGUUAAACCAUACCUGGUGACUUUACUGCCUUAAUGUGCUUAGUUUUGUAGAUCCAUAAUCAUGCUGAGGGUUUGUUAAUUUUAAUAAAGGCUAUUACAAAUAAGGGAGGAUGUAUAGUGAGAGGGUGGUUACGCAGAGACAAAUCUGCGACACGAAUUAUUGAGUUAAAAAUGAUUGAAUACGGCCAAGUCUAGUGUCUAGUUGUUUAGGGAGGGGGUCUCCUGCAUGAGGUGAUGAGUGGUGGGUAAAUCCACCAGCCCAUGGCUCCCCUCGCCCGCCUUUGUGACUCCACUCAAGGACUGAACAAAUAAGAGGCUCCAGUCUGUCCUUUGGUCAAGUGUAGGCUGGACAGAGAACGGAGGGAGGGAGGGAGGGAGGAAGGAGGGGAGGGGAAAUAAUGAAGAGGUGAAUCAAGAAGAAGGAGGAUAAAGAAAAAGGUAAUGGGAAACAGUGGGAGUUUGAAAGUGGUCCCAGCCGGACUGAACCAGAACUUUAGAAAGAGGGGACUGAAGAGAAGAGCUGAAGAGAUGAAAUGACUAUGUGUGCCCUGGAUAAGAGUUUUAGGUCUUAUAUGCAAGUCAAACAUCUGAAAUUAGACUCUCUUUGUAAACGAGAAUGCAAAAAUUAUAACCACCUCUUUUUUUUGGAGCUGUCAAAUCACUUUAGGGUGUGAUGUGAGCAAUGAAAAGAGAGUUCAGAGCUGUCGUUUUAUUUUUAACCACACCAAAGCUUUUAUUAGAACUGCUGUUAAAUUUAGGUUGCAUCUUUUUUUCAUGAUUUAUUCUUGCCUAAGUUUCUCAGAUCCCAAGAUGUGCUACUGCAGAAGUUUUUCUUUGUUUUUUUAGCAGUCUAGCACUUGCAAUAGACAAAAGACUAAAUCGUGACCCCUCUAACUUUGUGGUCUCAGUGUUGAUUAGAAUGAUCAUGGUUGGUGUUGUGGUUGUGAUAACACGGCUCUUCAUUCAGAAUAAAAUGAGCCACCCAAAGGUCUCAUAGCAGCCAAGACAAAAGAGUUUCAGUCUGUUCAUCCUGCAUGCAAAGAGGCUGUGUGUCCUGCCAGACAGAACUCUUUAAACAGCAGGCGGUCUGGAUCAUCUAAGACCCACUGAGCGGUUUUUGGAGUCCUGUGUACACACCACAAAGAUCAUAUAGUCCGUCUUUUAUUACAGAGCCACACUCUCUAUUUCUAAAUCCUCUUUGUCCUCCAGGGGGUGCUCUUGUCAACCAAAGGAAUCACUUUUUUAUUUUAAAGGAGGGGAAAAAAAAGUCCCAGAAGGGUUGUGUGUCCUGAACAGAGUGGGUAAAGGCUUAAAUCACCACUUGGCUCAGCUUCACUGCAGUGAGCUGAAUAGGCUGAGAGAAGUCUCCUCUGAAACACUGAAAUGUCCUCUGUUUUAUUUGAACGUUGAACAAAAUCCUCAAACAUUUAGGGACUGAUCUUAACUUAAAUGAAAUUACAGAAAGGAGUAUUUCAAGCAUGAACAAGAUAAGCGGUAAUUUAAGGAUGUUUUGAAUGUCUUUCAUCACUUGAUCCUCCAGAGUACCUCCUAGAGCAGGUUAAGAUUUGACUUGUUUUGUUCUUUGUCAACAUAUGAGGUGUUAACCGUGAACUCCCGAAAGGCUAAAUCUAAUUGAACCGAUUAAAGAUCAGAAAAUCUUGGUCUGCAAAAGCAGCUUAUUUCUUGUUUUGCUGCUGGCAGAAAAAAAACAAGUCCUAGGUGUCAGUUUAGACUAUAUUAAGUUGCAUUGUACUACAUUAUGUGUUAUCCAGCAGGGUAAAUCAAACAUCACCACAUCUCUAAAUAUUUUCUGCAGAGAUACUCUGGAAGCUCGCCAUAAAUGAGGUACUGAUGUUUUAACGUCUUAUUGUAGCCUUUUGAAGUCCAAGUUGCGCCUGCAGGUUUGCUAUUUUUAUCUGCACACAAUCCUGAACCUCUGGUGAGCAGCUGUCAAGAUAAAACUUGGUCCCAAAAUAGAGGCCCCGCUUAAAAACACGUCUCGAUGCGCAUCCUCCUCUUGUCUCCUGAAAUUACUCACAGAGCUGACUGCAGCGGCCUUUGUUCAUGUUUAUUUUUUACAGUGACUGAAGUGUACUCACACUCUGAAUACAGGGCUUUAUAGUGUGGUAUUAAUAGUCUUAUUGUACCCAUUUAGUCAUUACAGCAUGUCCUCCAGACAAAAUAGGCCAACUGACAGUCAGUGCUAAAACACCAUAUCAGUGUUGUUUUACACUUAAUGAAUGUGACUGCUUGUUAAGCUUAAACAUCAGAAAUAACAAGGCAGACACAUGGAGGACAUGGUUGAAAUUGUGAUGUACACAGGCUAGGUUAGGUUAGGUUAUGGUCAAAUUAUAUCAAGUUACACAAGAACAUAACUAUACAUUAUGUUCUACUACAGGUAGUUCAGGUGUGGCUCUGUGAGGUAAGAUUAAGGUGAAAUCUGUAAGGGUUCAGUCGGUGUAAAGGUUAAUUAACUUCCUGUUAACAACUGCGUCACAUUAUUAUCCCGGUACACAAAAUAACACUGACUACAAAUAUGUACUUCGUGUCAUGUUACACGGAGAAACACCCAGAACACACCAUAUGCUGAUGGUCAUGGACCACGGUACACAGACUGUAACUGUCCACACAACAUGUACUUCUCGUCACGGUACACGGAGUAACACUCGCAACUUACUGCAUACCACUCGUCAUAGUACACGGACUGUAGCUCUGUACACAGUGUGUAGGCUACUAAAGUUACUGAUCACAGCACACAGACUCCCUGCAGUAAGUUACACACAGCAACAUGUGCUACACACUUUGUAACUUACUACUCGUUAGGCUAACGUGACACAAUGUGGCGAACACCAGGCUGCUAACAAUACAUUACAUUCAUAGCACCGUUUCCAAAAUAAAUAAUAAAGUACUCUGUCCAGUACAUGUAACAGCAACACAUCCUGCUCGAAAUGAACAGUUACUUACUUAUCCAGCAGUAUCAAGGCAACAUCGCUGUCAGACCUCAGUCCAAUCUCCUCCUUCAGGGCUCUCCAUUGAGGGAAAGCGACGCAGAUGUAAAUCCACAUUAUUCUUCUCCAUUUGUCAUGCCUUUUUCUUCACCAACAUACCCUCUGCCGAAUUGGAAGGGUUUUUUCUUUUUAGUAAGAUCCACUUCUGAACCUCUUGGUUGCUUCAUCGGGAGCAGCUGGUAGCAACAUGGUGGUAAAACCGUGUCAGGUAAAACCAAGUAGAACGUAUUAUUUCCUGUGAGCCAGCGCGUCAAAGACAUCAAAUGCAAAACUGCCUAUUUGUGUGUAAAAGCAUGAUCGUUUUGGGUCGCGUUUGUACUUUGGAGCCAUAGCUACUUUGUUUUUUGUUGUGGAGAACACUCUCCUCCUCUGAAACUCGUGAUGAGCUGCCACAUUUUUGGCAUUUUCUGUGCACUGAGUUUUGAGUGUUUUCAUAAGAAAUGCAACCUCAGUUCAGUCAUACGUUUGGUAGAUUUGGAUCCAGCUGCACAGGCAUUUCUACAUGUGUCUUACAGAUGGUUCCAAUGGUCCUCCCUCUGUAACUUGAAAUCUUCAUUCCUGAAAUCAUUUAACCCUCAGAUACAAGCUAGUUUCUGUCUUCUUAUAUAAAGGAUGUCUUUUCAGGCAUCUUUUUCAUCAUUAUAUAUUGUAUAUAGUCUGUAAGUGUUCUGAAUAUGAUACAGUGAGAAGGAAAUGGUAAGACAGAGGAAUGUACAUAAUGACAGGGUUGUGCGUAUCGUGACUUUGAUUUGCAAUAUUGCGCCAAGGUCUUGUCAAAAGCUGUGUUUACUGUCGUGCAUGAAGUCUGUGGCUGCAGCAGAGGAAAAAUAGCACAGGGAUGAAAGUGAGAGCGUCAGAAAUAACCUGAUGUGUGACUAUAAUGACACAGAGCAGACUGGAGGUUGACUCAUCCUCUCACUGUAUGAACUGCCUUGCUGUUAUAGUCUCCUGUGACUCAAGAUUUCAGACUCUCUAACAUUUGCUGGAGCAAGUAAGGUCAGCGCACUGUGUGGAGGCUUCACUUUCUGUGACUUUUCAGUUUUAGCAUCUAAACCGUCCUCGAGAUGAUGUGAACUGUGGGGCUAAACGCAUCGUUCAAGGUAGAUAGACUUUCUCUGGCUUUUUCAAAUCACACCUGUCAUUAUUGUUUCAACAGAUCUUCUUUGUCUAAGUACUCCUGUUUGAUGCUGAGAAAGGAGAGGACACUUAGUACUAACAGACAGCCUUUAAGCUUCUUCUGUACUAUGUUGUCUCCACCUUGAUAAAUGCAUAGGCUUUCCAGUGCACCAUUUACACCCUGCAUGGCACAGGUUGUUGCGGUAACUACAGACUAGCGUAGAACUGGAAUGCAUGGAUCAGCCCAUCGCCAUAGUACCUUACCAAGCUAUUUAAAUCAGUAUCACACCUGUUAACUCACAAAAAUUUUUUUUACAUAAAUUGAGAGGAAAAUGUGGCUCCUAGUUUAGCAUUUGCAGUCUCUUUUAAAGGUGGGGUCGGCAGGAAGUGCCAGAUUUUGGGAGAAAUCUUGAAUGUAAACACGACCCCACCCAACCAGAUUUCCCAUCAGCUCCUCCUCUCCCCUCCCUCUCUGCUCCAACAAGCCCCGCCCACAAACAGACGCUCCUGCUCGCUCGUAUCAUUCCAGUUAAAUUCAGAUAGAAUGCAGAUAAAUACUUCAGAUAAUUACAAAUGGGGCCCAGUCAACGUGAAAGUAAAAAGCAUUGGUGCUACUGUAGAUGCCAACAGACUACCAGCAAACACAAUGUUUGCAGGACUUCUAAAACUAGCAUCAAGUGACAAACUCCAGGUCCUGUUUGACAAGAAACUCUUCUGUUACAGACACUUGACUUACUUUGUUAAAGUGGUUUACCUGUCCAGCAGGAAGGUUACAGGGUUUGUAAGAUCCCGAAGCGUCCUCCAUGUUUAAGCUUCAUUAAUGUUGACCCAGUUUCUUAGCUCUUGUCCAGGUGGUCUACCUUCUUUUUAAGCGCCCGUUAUGUCGCCAGAGUCUCCGGUAUUUACUUUGUUUUCUUGCUUGUGUUGGCAGUCGUGGCUAAAGGAGGAUUCAGAAAAUUUUUAGUACUUUCUUGUUGGUUUCUACUGUCCGAUAUUGUAGCACGCUAACUUUAUUUGGGUUCGUGAAAGUUAUUUGAGGACUUGUAACGUACCACACAACACAAGAGAGCAGGGUCUGCCUCACAACCAAUCAGGUUGGGGGAGGCGGAGAAUGGCUCAUUUACAGUCAGAAAGAGCGGGCCGCUCAAAAAAUUAAAAAAGUUGACUACACAGACAUAACAGAACACAGCGAUAUUGGGAUAUUCCCAAAUUUAAUCAAAUUCUAAUAACUAUUGACUGAUAUUAAAAGCUUUUUUUAUACACCACAAAAAAGAUGUUUCUUUAACGGAAUCCUGCCUACCCCACCUUUAAUUCUGGGUACAUACUGUCUAUGAAUUGUCUCAUUUACUGAAGUUACUUUUUAGCAUUUUGAAAUCCAUGUCCACACAGACCAGAUUCAUUUGUAAAGCUAAGCUCAGUUGUUUCAGAAAAUCUCUCCGAACUCCUGAAGGAAAGGAAGUUUCUCUUUGAGCCUGUUGGAUUCAGCUGGAAGUUUUCUCUGACCCUGUGACAUUAAACUCAUAAAACUGAAGACUAAAAUCUCUUCAGCUGGCCUCUCAUUCCCGUAAGUUCCUCCCUGCUCACCGGAUAAUUGAAAGGCUUUGGGCAAAGAUCUCCAGGGUUGAUCUCAGCAGGCUUACGGUGGACUUCAAAGAGGAAACAAACAGUGGGACAGCACAAGCCGAGGUCAACACUGCGGCUCACUCUGCCAAACAGUAGUGAACUACAGCUCUGAGUGAGCCGAGUCUUCUCCGUGGACGGCACAGCGGCUUCUUCUGCAAAGCUUCAAAGGCAUUUCUUAAUGAGGGCCAGAUGCAGAGCUGAGUCGACAGGUAGACAGGGCUCACUCUGAAUUUACAUCAACAUGCACUUGUACACAUUUACACUAGACAGUCCUCAAAGAUUCUGUGUAGCUACAGAGAGCUGUGGUUGUUUUUUCCAGAAGCAAAGAUACACCUGUGCACAAUCAUGCCGAUUAUCCACAGGGAGAUAAAGUUCUCUGUGCACAUAGACACUGUUUUACCUCUCAUGAGCUCCUUCUGAUGCUCUGAAUAACAAUAUCUCUCCUUCUCUGCAGGCUUUUUCCCUCCAUUAAAGCUGCAGCCUGAGCUUUUAUUAGGGGAAAAACCAGCCUGUUGAAUAUUCAGCACAGCGGGUUUGUAACCUUUACAGCCCUCUCUGAACUUCUCAGGCUGUUUACGGUUGAAACACAAGUUACUUAACCAAAACUUGGUGUGUUGGACUUUCACAGUGGAAAAUGUGAAUCCUCCCACCACUUCUACUGAAGCGACUUUUCAGAAGUCGGUCACUUUAUUUGGUAAACAAAUGAGUCUAGACAUCCUGCAGACAUGAAGUCCUGUGUGAAUGAGUUUAUUACAGCUAAGUGACAUUUAAAGACCUGAAAGAGGGAUCUUAAUUGGGACCCAAGAAGUGCUGAUCAACUUUGGGAACAAGGAUGUGCACAUGUAAUGUGCUGAACCACUGUCGUCCGUUGUCGGCCAUGCCACUCAUGCACACCUGCCUAGUUCGCUAGCUAGCACACUUAAGCCCAGCUGCGCUAAUAACAAAACAAAACGGAGACGCUCACUUCAACAAAAAGUAGAUAACCUUAUCGCCAAAAUUAUGUGGUAACUUACGCACAGCAGAAGGAGAACCACGCAAACUUUGCAGGUCAGAACAAACUUUAAGUGAGAUGAGCAGCCAUUACACGGGAAGGUAAAACAGGUACAACAGCAAACCUGAAAAUUUACCCCACAGAAAAAAGAAAGUCCUUAAAUAGAACCACCUCACUGACCAAUGGUGCCCCCCCCCCCUUCUUUAUUAAUUAUAGAAAUGCAUCAGUAGGAAUUUUAGUCUGUUCCAUCAACCUGUCAACAUGAAAAAACUCCUCACUGAAGCUUCAAACUCAAGAUCUAAAUGUCAGUCACCUGCAGCGUAAAGUUGUCCUAACUUUUCAUUCUGUGGUGUAACACCAACACUUGAAACAAAUAUGCUUAUAUAAGUUAUUAUCCCCUCUGUGGUUAUGACACAAACUUUUUAAUUCAGAAAGACUGAAGUUUUUCUGUGUUCAGAAGGGGCACAUAUUUUUCAGGAAGCCUGCCAUGUGGGCAGUCCUGUCUAUGCAGUUGCCCAGAAUAGACAAAUUAAGACCUGGCUCUCGCUUGUUUUUUGGUUUCAAGUUUUAUUGCCAGUUGCAGUCAGAUUUUACUGCCAAAUCAUUUAAAGUGGUUUGAGUCAUGUCAUAAGCCUGUAUCAGGAGAAAUCUGACAUUUAUAGGUGAGGUAGGCAGGAGAAUGUUAACUCUACCCCUUCCAACCAGUUUUCCCCUCAGCUCCUCCUCUCCUCUCUGCUCCAGCAAGCCCCGCCCUGAAAACAGACGCUCCUGCUCGCUCGUAUCGUUCCAUGAAAUUCAGAUAUAAUGCAGAUAAAUACUUCAGAUAAUUACAAAUGUGAAAGUAAAAAAGCAUUGGUGCUACUGUAGAUGCCAACAGACUACCAGCAAACACAAUGUUUGCAGGUUUGCAUGGAGCAUUAAUAUACUUUUGAUAAACUUUUUUAAGUGCUGCUGUUGAGGCAGGUUUGUAUCAUUACUUCUCCUUGAAGAAAGGAUCUGGACAGUCUGGUGAUUUGAACCUUUCACACUGAGAAAAACACAGAUUCGACUUUAAGUUUGGCAGUUUGCCUUGUUAACACACACUCACCUUGUUGUGAGGGGUAACCUAACCUGACUGACUGUAAAUCAGCAGACUUACACCUUCAUCUCCUGUCACACUGACAGCUCCACGUGUACGCUUUGUAUUCAUGUAACUGCAGAGGAGGAACAAAACCAGUCAGUCAGGUUUAUGUCUUUUAAAGCCUCUGACUUGGACUGUUUGUUUUUAUAUCACUUCUUCAGUCAUGUCCUGAGUCUUAACUCGGCUCAGAUAGUUAUGAAUCUACAUGUCUUGAUGGGUGUAGAGAAGAUAAUGGUGAGUUUAUCCAUACUCCUUAUUUUCUAUUUUACUCAAACUAAAUGACAAACUAACUUGUAAGAGUGGGCUUAAAAGAUCUUAAAGGACUGGUUUGAACCAGAUAGCUCGAUGACACUGUCGUCAAACUACAACCAGAGUUUAUACCUGCUUUGAUACAACAGGAAAUAACCAAAAAAAGCUCUAAACUGAGAUGAUAUGACAUGUUUUUAAAAUCAACCAUAAUGCAGUCAGAGGUUUUUUCAGUGUUUUGUAGAUAUUUGUUCAAAUCUGUGUCUAAGUUUCUAUAAUUAAGAUACUUUUACACUGAAAAUUGUUAGAAAGCAUAUCAUUGUUUUGGGGCCACUACCAAGAUAAGAUAAUGAUGUGGUCAAGGGCAGCUGGCUGGAAUGGAAUCUUGUCCCAAGCUUUUAGGACUUUAGGCCAAGCUAGUGCUCUAAAAAGUUGUUUUCUAACCAGAUUUUUGACACACGAAAUAUAGCAACCUUAUAUUAACUGUAAGAGGUGAGUUAGAAAUGUUCAUUGUCACGAUACUGGGACAACACGUGGUCUAUGGUGUGAGAUAAGAUAAGAAGAUGAAAUAAGAUAAGAGAAAAUGUGACUCUGUAAAAGGUUGCAAGUAUAAAAAGUUAGGUUGUAUUGUAUUCCCAUCAUAUCUUCAUAGAGCUUAAAAUCAUUUCAAAAGGUUGUUUACGUCCAAAACCUGAGAAUAUUUAAGACACAGUUUCAUAUUAAUGGUAGAAAUAGAAGAUGAAAGGCUGUAAAAGAUUGAAAAAAAUCAAUAUCUUGAGGUUUUGGGUGAUUCUCUGACUGAAUGAAUAAAUGAUUUGACACAACAUUUAUCAUGUGUGACAUCCACAUUAAGGCUGUCAGUGUUAAAAUAAAGAGGGAAACAGAAAGCAAACAGAGGAACUCCAGAGAAAUGCAAAUGCUGUGACAUUAUCCAGGAAUCCUCAGAUGUCAGUGUGAUCGACUUAAGUGAACUUCUUAAUGUGAGACAGAUUUAUCCUUUAAAAAAGGUAAAAAUAACUAUUGUAUUUUACAGAACUGUUGCAUGCUUCUAAGUCACAGUUUCCAUGAACACUGGUGAAGCAUUUCAGCGUUAAUUUGAGUUAUCAAGACCAUAAAGUAUAUUUUAUUGCAUUAAUUUGAUUCCUAAAUCAAAACACUGGUAAGAAUUACUGCACAUUGUUAAUAUAGAUCGAAAAACUGAAUUUAAAUGCAAAAUAGUGGAAUUUUAAAUGUGCAGUUGCUGAAACAGGACCCACCACUCAGUCUAAAGAGGUGUCCUUACUCAGUUUGAUGGUGUUUUGGUGAUUUAUGACUUUUUGUUUUUUUUACCCUCAGCUCUCAGAGGGCCGAAGGGUCACGCUGUCACGUCUGUUAAUGUGUAACCGCACAUGAAAGUCUUUCCAUUACUCCCGUUGUCUGCCUCAUUAGCUGUUUUUCAGCCCUCAGUUGAAGGUCAGGGCUGUGAGGAGUGACCGCCCGUUCUUACUCGCAUUCGCUCUCCACGCGCUCUACCUGGAGGCCCAGCGCAGGGGUCAGCUCAACCCAAACAGCCUAAAGUCCUGUUUCCUCUUAUAGGAGAGGGAUCGUUUGGCUGUCAUCUGAGGAAUCGUCUAAUCUUAGCCGUGAAACUUAUCCCUCUCACUUAGAGAGGCUGCUGGGUAGAGGCUGGUUGUUGGGAGUCUUGUGGACUCAGUCGCGUUUGCUACCUGCACGCUGCGGGAGGAAGUUAGAAUGAGAGUUACAGGUGAGCUGCAUGAGAUGAUUACAUCGUGUUGUUACAUCGAGGAGCUAGUCUGAUAAAAAGUAAAAAAAAAGAAAGCUGCACGUCAGAUCCUACAGUUGUCACAAACAGUAGGAUUUACUUUGAAUUCCACAUGAUCCAGAGGUCAGAAAUGCUAAAAUCUGCUGAAGUUAAAGACAACUCCUCAAAUUACUGUUGGAGAACAAUUUAAUAUGUAAUGUAGUGUCUAUUUAAACCAAGAGCUCACGGCUGUGUGACUUUAACAUCUUACAAAAAAAAAAAAAACACUUUGAAAUGAGUAAAUCUAGUUUUACUGCAACAGGCCCAUGUUUUCUUGAAGAUAUUCAUAGAAUCUCUGCAAAAAAAGUCAACUGAGUUGUAAAAAAGGAAAAGAGGCUUGUCUAAACUGAGCGUCAGGCUGCUGUUGUGCAAGAAAAUGAGGAGGAAACAAAGACAGCCUAGAUGUUCAGAUGACAUUUUAAAAUAUCUUUUUUGAUAUUAGUGCAUUUUGGAAGGUUUUCGGUGAAGAAUAGAUAUAGAAAAAAUGCUUAAUUGUUUAAUUUUUGCAUGCACAAAGCAGAAAUACUUCAGAUUUGACAAGCAUACAGUGCAUAUUUUGCAAUUUUAAUCUGUAUUUAAUGUACAACACAUGGUGUCACAUUUACACAAGGUCCUUUUACAUAAAUCCUAUUUGAUAGUAGGGGUGUCCCGAUACAACUUUUUGACUUCGAUACAAUACCGAUACUGAAGCCUUCAAUAUUGACCAAUACCGGUAUUGAUCCGAUAUUGGCACAAAUUGUGCAUGACAAGUUUUUCACUCAGCUGCAAUGUCUUAAUUGGACUUUAAUGAAAAAUAAUGCCACAAGGCUGACAUUAGUCCUCCUCCUUGCUACUUAGUUAGUACUUUAGUACACACUGUUGUGAUCUUGCUAGAUAGAGGUGUCGGAGCGGAAUCUAGAAUAGACUGCCUGUAUCGGAGUGCUGAGAUUGGAGAUUUUAGAUGCAGGCCGAUAUAAUCCGAUUUUCGUUUUUUUUUUUGCUGAUAUGGGACUAGUAUUGGACUGAUAUCAAUAUCGUAUCGGGACACCCCUAUUUAAUACCGUACCCAACAAUGUAAGCAUCAUUUUUCUUUGCUAAAUCUGCAGCAACAAGGGAAACAAGGAGAAAUCAAAUGUCUUCAAUCCCGUUCAAUUGACAUAUUCAUCUUUGUCUGAUAUCUGAGCGUUUCCUGCUCCUUCCUCCAGGUUUGAGUUCUUGCAGCUCAUGGAAGAGGACACGUGGGAGAUGUUUGGUCAGUCUCUUGUUUUGGUCCGCUGGAUGUUUUUGCAUGAAGUUUGCUAGAGGAGCUCGACUUGUGUUGAAGUUCAGUGUUUGAGUGAACGUGUUGAAAUGGUUUAAAGUUGCACAUGAAAUAUUUUCACUGGCUUGUAAAGCUGGGAUUAUCCUUCAGUGUGACAUGCUUGAGGGUUGUUAAAGACAUUCCAGCGACUGUUUUUGCUGUCAAAUCAAAUGUGUUUUGUUUUUUUUUUCAUUCAGAGAGAUAAUGCUGAUAAUGACACAGAUUUCAAUAAGAUGCCAUUAAUCGACUGUCUGUCUUUACUUCAUAUCCUGCAGUUUACUUUUUAUGAAACUUUUGUAAUCUGAAAUCAGUCUGAUUAUGUUUUGCUGCAGAGUGGUGCAGUGUUUAGAGCUGUUGACUCAGAGCAAGAAGGUUCCUGGUUCAGACCCUUGACCAGUGGGGGUAUUUCUGUGUGGAGUUAGCAUAUUCUCCCCUGUGGCCUCCUCCCACAGUCCAAACACAUGCUCAUGGGGGUCAACUGGUCACUCUAAAUCACCCAUAGGUGUAAGGGUUGUUUUCUCUAUGAAUAUCUGACCUGUCCUGCCUCUGGCUCAAUGACAGCUGGGAUAGGCUCCAGCCCUUCAAAUGGGUCAAGAUACAGGAUGAUAUUCUCAUCAUCUUGGGCAACCCUUUGGGUGACAUACCAUAUUAUAAAUGACCCUCAAGUUCCCACUUCUGAUGUACAUGAUACGAUUUAGCUUAGCAGUUUGCAGUUGUAGUGAAGAGGCUAAGAAUAAGUUGAGGUGAACUGAUGUGGAUGUUUAGUAUGUAAUGGUUUUGCACAUGUUUAAGUUCAUUUGAAGAGACUCCUCUCUGUCUUCAGGGUCCAGUGCGCUCUAUUCAUAUCCCUCUCCUCUCUGCCCCAGAUCUAUAAUGAGUGCAGGAGACGACGGACAGUCAGGAUUUAGACACAUCAGACUAAUGACAUUGCUUCGCCGCUUUAUUUGGGUGCUUGCUAUUAACAUGGAUUUACAAGGGCUGCAGAUGAGUAAGAGUCUGCAUGCAAAGUCACAGCUAAAGAGUAACCGUUGUGUGUUCUCUCAAAGAUUUUGGGAUGAGGUUGGGACACUGUGUGAAAAGUUGAUGCAAACAGAAUUUUGUGGCUUGCAAAUUAUUUAAACUCUGUAUUUGAUUGAAAACGGUGCAAAAACAAGACAUAUGUUGAAAAAUCUCAUUGUCUUAUAAGUUUAUGCUAUUUUUAAUUUUACACUAGCAACAUGCUUCAGAAAAGUUGGGAUAGUGACAUCAAAAUGCAAAAGAGUUAAACAAAAAUACAAAUACAUUGCUUAAAAACAAUACAAACAUGGAGAAACAAAACUAAUUUGAUUAAUAGCCAACAGGUUGGCACCAUGACUGGGUAUGAAAAGGGUGUUCAGAGAGGCUGAGCCUCUUAGGAGUAAAGAGGUUUAUCACUCUGUGAGAGACUGCGUGAAUAAAUGGUUCAACAAUUUCUGCAUAGUCUUAGCCUAAAAUCGCAAAGAACUUGGCUUUAAUUAUUUACAGUAUCGUUGAGAGAUUCAGAGAAAUUUAUUGACAAAGGCUGAAAACCAAUACUAUUUGUCCUAUGGUGGCUCUGCAUUAGGAAUAGGCAUGGUGGCUUUGUAGUGCAAGUCUCAGCAGGGGAUCAUUAUUCAUGAGUAAAACCGAUCUCAGAUCAUCACUGCAUCAAUAAAAACGGUUUAAAACUAUAUCAUGAAUUUUCCACAGUUUCCUAAUGUUCUUGGAUCUGAGUUCGUACCUACAAUGAUAAUCCAUCAUUGAGUUUGGUUUUGAAAAAGAGGACAAUUUGUAGGCUUUUUUUGACACUUGGACCACAUCAUUUUAGUCAAAUGCAAGACCUAUGUCAGAUUUAGACUGAAUUCAUUUAAUCUACAUUGCCCUGGAUUUUGUGGUGCUUUUAGGACAUACAAAAGGGAGUAGUUUUGUACUUUAGAUCUUUGGAGUACCUGAGAUAGUGACCCCCUAGGUCUUCUCUUGUUGUGCUGUUGAAAUCAGCUUUGCUUUGCCCUUAAGGGUCCUCUUCAGGACCACCAGGGGGCCUAAGUUCCUCCUAAAGAGCUUGUGAUUAGCAGCACUUGAUGUUAAAUAGAGUCUGAGGUCACAGAGUGUAUAAAAAAAGCUGGGGUGUAUCCACACUGUGAAGCCAUCUGGGCCGACCUUGUCUGUGUCUUUACUCCUCCAGACGCUCCUCUCUGCAGCUCAUGAAGUUGACUUGUUCCCCCGGUGUUGGCUCCUUUUUAUUAGAGGAGAAUAGCCCUUUUGUUCCUGCGCAUAAUGUGUCCUUUGAUAAUGAGCAGGCCGCUGCACACUGGAGCGCUAUGUUCAUAAAUGUCAGAUGCAAACACACCUGUGGAAAAGCAGAGGUCAGUGCCGUCUGCAUAAAAAGAGAGGCCUUUGUGUAAUGUGUCGUAAAAAUACAUGCUGAACGGAAGCAUCUUGUAAAAGUGUGUGUUAAGUGUUGAACUUCAUUUUUCAAGGUUUUCAUGGAUGGUUUCAAAGCAAGGUAAAUAAAGGUCAAGGUAAAACUGAAGAAAAGUCUUAAAAAAUGUCAUUCAGAGUUCUGUUUUAAGACCCUUUUUUUGUCAGUGCGUCAUGCUUGUGUCACAAUUAUCUAAUGCAAUGAAGUUUUUGUACUUACUGUAUAAAUGAAUAAAAGUUUCCCUCUCUGUUGUGUCUCAGAUUGCAGGUUGCAUGGUAAUCUGGACUUGAUGCAUGGCAGUUGCAUGACCGCAGUAGGUCUUGUUGUGGGACUGAGAGCACGCAGCAGCAGCAGCCAUGGCUCAAACCAUGCACGUGAAUGGCAAUGGCCCAGGUAAACAACCUCUUUGUUUGUAUACUGUUUUCCUCAAUGCAUGUACCAGUGGAGCUAAACCAUAUUAGAAUGUGUUGACCAAGUUUUGCUGUGCUAAUUAUUCUGAAGCUGAAUCAUCACUCUCAUAAUGUAGACAGACAGAUUGAAUUCACUCUGUUGGUUAAUAAUAACAGACUUUAAUAUGUAGAACGACAUCGUCCUGCCCCGUGGACGAUGUGUGCUCAUGCUCACUAAAAUAAACAUGGCUGUCUAACAAUACAAUGAGGCUAAAUGUAGAUCAGGUGUCCAGUUUCAGGCUUACAUCAGGCAUGUAUAUUUAACUGCAGGGCUCCUGCAUCACAUCUGCCUCUGUCUAAACACCCAAUACAUGGGUGCGAGCUGUUGAUUCUACUAUAUUUUCUACCUUAAGACUUAAAGUAACGUUUUUUUGGGAGGGGUUUUGUGUUGAUUUGAUGUUUAUGGCUAUAAACUUAGCUGCAGCUGACAGACCAGGUAAUCGCUUGUUUGACCUGGGAUUUGGUCCAAACAAGCGACUCUUGUGUUGUUGUUUUUUUACUAUUACUUUGUAUUUCCUACAUAGACUUUUGUUGUGCAGAAACUUUUUCAUAAUAAGGUGUUACAAAUGUGGAAAGCAAGCAGCAACUCCCAGUCAAAUCAAUGGAAACCAGGGCAAGAGUGCAAAAAACUGCAGUUCCUCGAGUGUCCACUAGAGGCUGGUGCCAAAGGCCAAAGAAUUCCUGUUAGAUCCCAUGUUAAAGUGCCCACUUUCACAGCAGGAUUAAUCCUGUUUACAGCCUGGUUCAAAAACAGUUUUGGUCUUUAUAGCUCAUCCCCUUGUUUGUGCACACUGUGGAAGUUUAAUUUUUUCUUAUGACUCAAAUAUUUUUUAGGUAUAAAGGCUGAGAGUUGUACAUAAUUUUGCAUUAUUAGGGAUGUCGCUAAAGUGUUUACCAGAGGGCUAUGGGUAUCUGCCUCCUUUUUUUUUCUCCGGUUUCUAGGUUGAUCAGAAGUCAGGUUGAGUCAGCAAUUCCAGUAUAGCGGCUGGCACCUUCUGGUUUCUAAUUGUUGGUUGACCAAUAUUGUUAUUCUAACAGCCGAUUCUAAUCAGGUUGUUGAAAAUAGCCAUAAUAACUUCUUUUAUUUCUGCUCAGUACAAACCACCAUACAUGAUAAUCUUAGCCAGUAACAUGUUUUAGAUGGAUUUUGAUUUUCUUCAUAAAAAACAGAAACACAUCAGGCUUUUCUAUAGAUUUGAGAUAUAUAACUGAUAUUUAUUUAUGCAGAAUUAUCCAUCUGAAGCCCUCUGAGAUAGUGUGCGCUCACAUGCAGAGAAAAAUCUCCACGCUUCAGUGUGAAAUGAACACUGUCAGGCGAGGAGGAUCUGUGAACACACACCUGCAGACAGCUCGCAUUCCUGAGCAGACUAACAGGAGAGAGUGAAGCUCCUUACUCCCAAAUCCCUCCAGGAAUGCACAGCAUGCACAGCAGAUGCUUCCAGGACACUUGAAUGGCGUCUUCAGAGUCAGUCUGACACCGACGUGGACUUGAACCCUAAGACGUGAUACCCUUUUUUAGUACUGGGAUCAAGUAUCUGCAGAGGGAAAUGUGAAAAAUGCUGAGGAAUGCCACAUAAACACUACCAACCUCCUCCUCCUCCUCCUCCUGCAGCUAACCUUAAAAAUAGUCUCUGCAGAGUUCGCUGCUAACAACGUGGUCACCUGCUGCGCUGAAGGAAUCUGAAGAAGAAAGCGAAAGCUGAGCUUCAGUUUAAGGAUCAUCCUGGGUGGUUUGUAGUCAGAUGUCGGUAAAAUUUCACCUUCAGAGCAUACUUUUCAAGCUACCUCACUGUUCAGGCACCUUAAACCAAACAAAGCUAGCCUGGGAGUAUCAGUACAAACUUAGGGGGUCAAAUGUUUUGAUACUUUAAUCCAUUUUUAAUACCACAGAUGUAAAAACCAUAUAGUUUCUGUUUUUUUAUGAAAAAAGUAGAAAGACUUACGUAAGAAAAAGAUUCAAAGUUAUAUUUUCAAUCCAAAGCUAAACGAGCCGCUGCGAUCAGUUGAAUUAAAAGAAUGUGAAGAGAGAGCAUGUCCCAAAGCAGUGACUCUGUUUGUUUUCCAUCUUUGUCAGAGUGGUCACUCUAAUAAGAUUCAGAAAUCUGUGCAAAGAUGCUUUAUUCUGCUUAGUUAGACAAUUUAUACUGUAUGUGUAGAGUAUGUAUGUUCCUCCACUCUGAAGCUCUCUCAAACCCCAGACACAUUUACUUCGAGGUCGGCAAAUGCUGACAAGCCCUUUUGGCGUCUCAUGUAGAGAGAGGUGUUACAUUUUUGUCUGUUCCUGCAUAGAGACGGUGAUAUCACCUAACCUCUGCCUGUCUUUUUUCAUCAGUCCUGAUGUGCAGAAUCGAUCCUCAUCACUGCACAAUAAAAAUCAAACAAGACCAUCUAUGACCAGACUGAUUAUCUGUAUCAUCUAUACUGUUAAUUGCUUGUGCCCGUUGGUGCAGGGUAAGCAUCAGGACAAGUACAGCAGGCAGCAGAAACGGUGUGGAUACCAGAUCUGUUCGGGCUGCCAGAUCGGCUUGGGGUCUGGCGCCUAUUGAUGACGUCACACUAUAUGAUUGGCUGGAAGCUGGUUCGGAUGACGUAGAAGAUUGUGGUUGGACCGGACAUUAUGGAAGCAGUUUUCGCCAGAUUAGGUUUCAUGGGAAUGAAGCUCUUGGGAGAAAACAUGGACGAAUUUUAAGAAACAAUCUAUUGCUACUUAUCAAAGGGGACUUACAACAGCUGGACUAUCGUCUCUUUUGGGUUGCCAAAGGAAAUGUGGAAUAAAAGCAAAACUAUCUAAAGAUAAAUGAAGAUCCUGUGACCAUUAUUUUUCUUUUGUCUUAAGAAAAGUUAACAAAUACAAUUAAAGCCAUUUAAAAAUUACAGUGCAGUAAGUUGUAAUUCUCUGGAUUAUAUGGAGGGAAAAUUUCGAGGUCAAUUAAAUGAAAAAACAGAAAUAAAGAAAACUAAUGUGUCAAAUGUAAUUUUUGACUUAUUAAAUGAAGCGCAAUGUAGUUUGUCCGAGUGGACUUGCUGUAGAGAGACGUCAUCAAUAGGCAUCUGACCCCGAGCAGAUCUGGCACCCCAAACAUAUCUGGUACCUACGGCCUUCUCCACAGCAAAGACUGGAUGGUCUGUGGUAUGGUUAUCAUGUCUGCUGUCAAAUCAGCAUUAAAAUGAACAGCACAGAAACCUUCCUCCCUCCUCCUUUAGAGUCUUCUUGUCCUGAAUUAACCCUAAAGAGAUUGCAGAGUCACAGCCCACAGCAGACCAUGAACUCCACGUUCUGUUGUGAUCAGACAACUCAGAGGGAAGCAGUCAGAGUCCAGAAAUCCGGCUCCACCCCUGCAGCUCAGUCAGACCCACAGAAAUGGUUUAGUUCUUUCAGAGUGGACAGACCCAGCUGCUGCUCAAUCCACCCCAUGGUACAGUCCUAUACUGAGUUCUCUUAUCACUCACUUUCCUUGUGUGUGUUUGUUUUAGUGUGUUUGUGUUUAUGGAAGUGCUGAGGGUUAUUAUAGUCUGCUAAAGGAUCCAGAGCGCUGCGUCUCUGUAAACUAGAGUGUUUGUUUAAUAGACUGGACUCUCAGUGUCUUUACACAGCACUGUUCAUGAAUAGAUGUGGGGCUGGUUUGUUGAAGUCAGACUGUAUCUUAUUGUGUUUUCACUCAUUCAUUGUCAGUAAUUGAAAAGGUGCUUUCUGUAGCCGAGAGGGCUGAAGGGUGAUGUUGUCAAAGGUCAGUGAUAAUCUACAGGACGGGUUAGAUAAUGAGACCAUUUCACAACCGAACGAGCUUAUUAGCAUGUUUCUGGUUGGAUGUUUCACUCUGCAGUGUCUGUGAAUAGAAGAAGAAAACAACACAUAAACAUGACAUGAAAGUCACAUGUGAUGAGGUGCACCCAGCAGGUAUAAAACACGUCUCAUUCUUUAUUGUUGUAUGAUGUUGAGUCAUGAUACAGAUUUUUUCACAUGCUGAGUCGUUCACCGAAAUAAACCCGCCUGCACACUGGCUGUGUUUAACGUGCUUGGCUGUUUAGUUUGACCAUCUAUGAGAAAAGCGAUUCAGGCUGCUUCAGUGUUUGCAGAGGAAGCCAAACAUUUCCUCCGUCUGCAUCAUCAUGUCCAGAGUUGAGUUGUUGAAUUUGGCAGCUGAGCCUGGCGCGGCCCUGUGACUUUCUAGGAGCCUCUGAUGGAUCUCAGUCGGUCGUUCCUGCCUCUGUACAGUCUGCAAAGAGCAGGAAUGUGCAGCUUUGCCGUGCGCAUUGUUAAGUUUCCUGGUUCGCUCCGUGAGGACGGAUGUGCCUCAUGUUCUUAGCUGUGUUGGGCCACUGCAGCGCGAGGUGUUGAUCAAACGUUGGCACUACUUCUCUGCAGAGUAAUUAAGCAUUUAGAGCUCGCAGGCAGAGCCAGGAAAUACCAGGCCGCCUGUGUGAGACAAGGAGGUGUGUGUUUUGUGUAUGAGUGUGUACGUGUGUAGGGUACGUGUGGCUGCCAGAGCCCCCCUCCACCCAGGACCUUGCGUCAUGCUUUGGCCUCAUUCUGUAUAAUGCGCCGAGUGUGAGCACCACACUGUGUUAUUCUGCUUUGCAGCUGCGUGUGUGACAACAACAGCGUAAAUCAGCGUCUCUGUCUGUGUGAUUGUAAUGAACUAUCUGGAGAUGAUUCUGCAGAUAAGCAAGAAAUAUGUACUGUUGCAAAUACUAAGAGGUCCUUACUUAGUGUGUAGUAAACUUAAUGAGUGUUUCUGAGCUUCUUGAUAGUAGAAAUAAAGUGAUAGAAAUACACAGAUUUAUUUUUGAAGAUGAGACAUUUCUGUGACGUGAUAAUGGCAGACAGAUUUAGACCAGUAGCUGAAGUUCUUCUGUCUCUGGGGAUGCUGCGGAUGUUAAAAGGCUUUUGUAAGGACUAAAUUUAAACUUUUACAGAGCUCAGGAAAAAUAAGCCGAACCCUGCUUGUAUAUUUUUCCUCACAGAUUGACAUCAAGGCCCAGACCAGCCUUUGAGCGCAAUAUUUGAAGAGCAAACAGAGAGAGAAAGGAGGAGAGGAGAGUUCAGGGGUUCCAACCGGUCAUAAAACAGAGUUAGAGAAAGAUGUCAGUGUGUACAGCAUUUCAAAUAUACCGGUAUUUGUAGCAAAAUAAACAUAAAAGUGAAAGAAAUAGUUUUAUUCAGGACUUCAGAGUUUGGUUUGACGGUGUUUGAGCAGCAGAGCACAUGUCUAUAAAACUGGUGAUGGCUUUAACAUGUGCUGUGUCACCUCAUUGAGGGUGUGAAGAAUUAGAUUGCUGCUGUUUCUUCACAUGGUAAAGUCUUUGAGUUCAUUUAAAGAUCAUCUGUGGGUCGCAGUCAGCACAGGGUUCCUGUUGGAGCCUGGAAAUCAUCUGUGUCAGACCAACAAGCAGCUUCUGGAAACACGCAAAUGAGAAUUUUUCCUGAGACUCUGGGUGUUCUUUAAAUUCCUUAAAACCAAGAAGGUAAUGCCUCAGGUGUUGUUUACAUGUAUAUUUAAAGGUCCUAGAUUAGAGAGCCGAUGCAGAGCUGUUCAGGUGAUGUUUACCUGUAUAUUUAUAUUUAAGGUUCGAACUGUUCAGUUUUCAGUCAGAUCUCGUUCACAGACCAGACAGAUGUUUGCACUUUCCCCAGACUAUGAUAGUGUGGCUGUCAGGAGGAGCACGUUUUAUCAAUCCAACCAGGUCGAAGUCUGCAGCUCCAGCCUGGAGUUUAGAUAACUUUUAAGUCCCAGAUUUAGGCCUUGAAUGUUUGCUGUUAGAGUGUGACAUUUCGGCCUGGUCAGGGUCUGCACUAAGGCAGUUGUUCCUUUCAUCUUGUGGCACCUGUUUUAUCUGUAAAUCCCAGCUCAUUUCUUACAAAAAAAGGUUUAUAGCUUAAGAUUUUAGUUUGCGUGCCAGUUGAACUGAGCUGUUUUGAAACUAGAGGUUGGACGUCCUUCUAGAGCCAAAGUUAGAGCUAUGCUGUGUGAUUUUUCUUCCACUUAUCCAAAGUCAGAUCUCAAAUCCUUGAACCACCUUAACUGAUGCCUUCACCUUCUCAGAGCUUCCUCUGGAUGUCCAAGCCCCAAACCAUACCCAAGCCCAGCCAUCCUCUGAAAGGAAGCUCGGACAUUAUCCAACAUCAAACUGCAGAUGUUUACUGUUCUCUUUUUCUUUUGUUCUGUCCUACAAUGCAGAGAGGAUCUUAAACUAGGUGGAGACUCUUAAAUACUAACAGUGCUGAGUCAUGUUGGUGGAGUUGGGUUUUAUUUCUUAGGAAAUCACUUCAUCCACAAAAAAUGUGUCUUUUGUUGUUUAUAAAGUUUGAAGCAGGGAGGAUUUUUGAAGGCAUCAUUGAAACAUUCAGAUAUUUUUAUACAUUUAGAUUCAAAAGUUGUUGCCGCUUGUGUGAAAAAGUUUGUAUAAGUGAGGACAGAGCCGAGUGUUGCCUGUCGAUCUGCUGCGUAAUCCCUCACACACUGAUAAUAGAGUAACAGCUGCUGAUAACUGGAGCAGACUCCCCGCUCUCAUUGUCACUGUUGGCUACCCCCGUCACUGGAGCGUGACCCCCUUCAGUUGUCCCGUGUUGAUGAGGUCAUCGCUCAGCUGUUCAAGGUCUCGGUGGUACCAGAGGGCUGCAUGUCACUCGUCUGAGCAUGAGUGGGGCUGGUCAGCGUUCACUCACUCGUGCCAGGGAGAGUCAACAAAACCAGACAGCACAAGACGGUGACUGACGGUGACGGUGACUGAGAAAAAGAAACAGGAUGUGACUUAAACUUAUUUCUGCUGCGCUUACCUUAAAAAGAAAGAGCCUUUUUUUGCAGAUAUUGUUGGAGAAGCUCAUAAUAACUCUGAGGAGUGAUGUUUAGGGUGUGGAGCUACAGCUGAUCAUUGUUUUCUGGAGUUGUCCAACCAGUUGUCCCAAACAGGGGUUCCUAAUUUUUGCCAUGACAAGAACUCCAAGUAGACCCCUAGCCGGGAUCCCCCUCAGAAAAUCUCUGAUAUUCAUUUCAUUUAGUGUCUAUGAGGUGAACUAUCUUUAAUUUAUGUCCGAUCAAUAAUUUGAUUAUUAGUCAAGGCAAGUUGAUUUGAUCAGGUAUGAGCAUAGACUGUAUCAUAACUGGAUGUCACCCAUCUGUGUCUGCAGCAGAGUUUCCACGCCUCUCAGAAGUGGUCACCAGAUGGUUAAUGCUGACUCAACCUCAUUUUCAGUCAACCUAUCAGAGGCGGGUCAUUAGCCGCCUCACAAACAGCUUCAUUGUGCACACCUGUCAGUCAAGUCAGCUGUGCCUCUGAUUGGUUGAUCUUGUAACCUGGAUAACUGAAAAAAAAAAAAAAAAGACAUAUGAAUUCACCUCCUGUACAGUGGGUGCCGUGGGAGCCCGAAUCCAUACAGACUGUUUUACAUUUUUAGUUUCAUCUCCCUCUUAGAAUUCAUAAAAUAAAGCCCUUUAUUUUAAAUAUAUAACUUAAAGCUAUGUUUAAAAAGAAAAUGCAGAUCAGGAAAGAGUUAAUGAACAAGUGAGCUGAUCUUAAAAUGUGGCCCUGAAAGUUGUUAAUCUAAGUGAAAGUGUUUGCAAAGUGGGCCACAGUGUGAACCAGAUUACAAAAGUUGGACAUGUUCAGCAGCUCAGCUAUUCGUCUCACAACAACAGGCUGUUAUAGUCAUGAGUCCACCCCCCCUCCUCUGAAUAACAGGACUCUUAUUUGGGUAGGGAAGUGUUGGUCUCAGAGCCUCCCAGGAUUGGAGGAGGCAGCUGUCCAAUAGUGCGCCUGAGCAGAGUGCUGUGCUUACUUUACACCCAUAGUGGAACUUUUUUUUUUUUCCCCCUUAUGGAGAGAGGAUUGAGAAAGAGUGCAGAGAGUGAGGAGAAACAGCAGAUCUGCAGCUCAGAAACACUCAUCUCAGUGCUGUGUGUGUCUGGAAAGGGAAAAAAAAAGGAGGCAGAGAGAAGGAGUGAGAUCCAGAGUGUGCUGUUGGUCUGAGGUGAGUGAAGCUUCAACAACCAGGCUGUGAGGGUUUAGCAGCAGGCUUAGUCUUGUAAUUCCCUCCUGUGAAUGGAGAGGAGUGACGGGAGAAGUGGCAGGAGCUGGGUGGACUGCAGAGGAAGAGCAGGGCUGUUUAUUUCCAGCCUGUGUUUGCUUUAGUCGGCCAGAGUUCCAGGCAUACCAAGAACAAGACGCUGCAUUUAGCCGACACAGUGAGAGAGCGCAGUGGAGUCUCCUAAUGGCCUGGAAAGCUGACUGGCUCUGUGCACCCAGAUCUGUCUGACAAGGCGCAUUUUCAGCAGCAUGUGUGGAGUUUGGACUUUGAUCUAAGCAGCUUUCAUUGGUCUGUAAGAUCUGUACGACUUUGAGAAUUAGUGUGGCAUAUUUCUGAUCUCUUUCCUCAGUGUCUGAGCUCACAGUCAGAGUUUUUGGCUCAUUUUUAUCUGUCAAACUUCAAAAGUUGACAUUAAGGAUGGAUUUUGGACUGGAAAAUAUUGACAUUGUCUGUUUUCUGUCUCCCUGACCUCUUUGGCUCACAUCUUCUCCAAGCUUUGUAAACAGCAGCCUGUUUAUCUGUCACAGGCUUUACACUUUCUACUCUCCAUAAACCUAAUGAGGGUGAUUUAUACACAUUUGACUAAUAUUUGUUGUUAUUUUGGAGUUCUCUCAGCCUCCUGCUGUUGUGCUGUUUUGCGCUUUGCAUUCUUUGGUCUCGCAUACUUUUGGGCUGACUAAAAACCAGCCCGUGCCAAAAUGAUUAUCACUCACGCUUUCCAGCAGGGAUGUGAGAAACUUGAGACGUGUUUGUACUUGCUCUGUCAAAUGAAGGCGACUGUCAGCAGCCGAGGAAACACUUAACACUUUAACUGACAAUCAAGAAGUUUUAGAGGCUUCCUGAAAGAGGCAACGACCACAUCCUUUUAAAGCCCCAAUUCCCCAAGGGCUGUAAAAAGUUGACAAAAAGACAGUUUGAUGGUUUGCGUGUCAUUUAGGGCCUAUAUGUUUAUUGAAAAUAGUGCAAAGACAACAUGUCAGAUGUUGUAAGUGGAUAAUUGAAUUGUUUGAUGUGCUCAUUCCAAGUUUGAUGCAAGCAACAUGUUUAAAAAAAGGGCAACAAAACAGGAAAAGUUGUGUAACAUUAAAAACCCAUUAUCUUAAAUCUUUCCUGAUUAUUUGCAUUAAUUUGAAACAGACUAGUAAGUUGGUCCUAAAAUAGUGUACCAGAGAGGCCAAGUCUCUCCAAAGUUAACAUGAAGAGAGGAUGGGUGAGGACUUCAAUCAUCAAUUUCAGAGAGUAAAAUUUUCAAAGAAUGUAGUAAUUUCAUCACUUUUAGUUUGUAAUAUCAUUUUAAGAUUCAAAGAAGCCUGAGAAAUCUGUAAAAAUUGGCCAAUAACUGAUACUUCUAUCUUUAAGCCCUCUGGCAGCCCUGCUGUAAAAAACAGACAAGACCCCGAAGUGGAAAUCACUGCAUGGAUUUGGAAUCACAUCCAAAAGCCACAGUCUGUUUGUGCAUUUACUUAUGCAGGUUAAAAGUGUACCUCGAAAAGACCUUGAUCCAGAAAUGUCAUUGGCUUCUGCGACUGUCUUGUUGUCGAACAACAAAAUAUGAUGUUCUUUUUGGAAACCAUGGACGCUGCAUCUCCUGGUCUAAGACUAAAGGGACUUUUUUCAUCAGCACAAACAGGUCAAAAGCCAGGAUCCUUGGUGGUACAGGGAUGCGUAAGAGUCCGUGGCAUGGGUAGUUCAUAUAUUUGUUAGAGCACUAUUAAUACCAAAGACUUAUAUGGCUUUUGUAUCAACUUCUACCUCCAUCCAGACAGUCCCUUUUUAUCAACAACAAACAGAUUGUCAAAGCCCAUUCAAAAAAAACCCCACCAAAAUCAUGAGUCUAGACUAACCUCAUGUACUUUGGUCUCUGUUUCAGAAAAAGGACAAAGAUGCCCAAGCACAGGAGACCAGAAGGACUCCGUGGCCCCCUACUAUGUUGAAACUCCCUAUGGUUACCAGCUAGACCUGGACUUCCUCAAAUAUGUCGAUGACAUCGAGAGGGGUAACACCAUCAAGAAGCUGAGUAUUCAGAGGAAGCCCAAACUGGCCAAAACCUUAUCAGUGCCUCGGGGCAGCACUGGAGGGGGCAGCACUCAUGCUGAAUGGACCUCCACAGACUCCUUGUCCUCCUCAAACAGUGACGGCAAGCAGUCCCCGGUCUUCUUCAGCUCCAGGUCCCAGCUUUCUGCACCGCAGACCCCAACCCUUCCGAGGGCAGCCUGUGAAGCCCCUCUGCAGCAGUCCUACCUGAGCAUCACGGAGCAAAAGCAGCUUCUGCCUCCUCCUUCCCCGAGAUUUGUCCCUCGUCAUAACCCCCAAGUGGAGAGGACCCUCAUGGAGACCCGUCUGCGGCUCGAACAGGAACGUCUGCUCAUGCAGCCGCUUAGUGACCCGCCAAUGCCUCGCCGCCGUCUUGCCAGCUUCGGCGGCAUGGGCUCCAGCAGUUCGCUGUCCUCUUACUCAGGCUCCAUGGCUCCAAGCCAGAUCUCCCCUGGCACUCAUCACCCUCUCCCCAUCAACGGCCACCUCCCAAACGGAGAGUAUAACCCUUACUACCCUCCAUCUGUGGGCAGUUCCAUCCGCCACAGCCCCAUGAGCUCUGGCAUGGCCACCCCUGUCACAAACGUCAGCCCGUUGCACCUUCAACAAAUCAGAGAUCAGAUGGUGGUGGCUCUCAAGAAGCUGAAAGAGUUGGAGGAGCAGGUGAAAACCAUUCCUAUCUUACAGGUUAAGAUCGCUGUUCUCCAGGAAGAGAAAAGACAAUUGGCUGCUCAGUCCAAAAAUCAAGGUCUCGGUGGCUUUCGCAAGCGCUCUUACAGUGUAGGCAGUGCUGACCAAAUGGAGAACCAAGCCCCCAUCCAAAAAGAAACAGAACUGCACAUAAUGGAGCCUGAAGCCCAGGAACAGAGCGCUCAGAGGCUGGAGGAGUUCAGGCGUCUGGCUGCUGAGGUCCAAGCUCUGGAGAAGACAUCCCUGGACAAUAACGUCAACGAAACUCAGCCUCAUAAGAUCACACAAAACCAAGCCCACCAGAAGUCUAUUGGAGUAGUUACUGAUGAGAACAUGAACAGCUUACCUGAUGCUCAGAGGAAGUUGUCAAGUGAACAGUGUUUCCGUGAUGCAGGAGUACUGACGGAUCAACAGGAAGUGCGCAGUGCUGCGGUUGGUGUCACUGAGGCCAUGCUGGGCAUGACGACCGAGGCUGAGAAGGAGAUCGAGCUCCAGCAGCAGACCAUUGAAUCCCUGAAGGAGAAGAUCUACCGCCUUGAGGUGCAGCUGAAAGAAUCCACUCACCAAAUAGAGAUGGGGAAGCUGAAACUGGAGCUCCAAGCUGCCGGGGGGUCAAACAAGAAAAAGGCGGACAAAGGUUCGAUGGCGAGGCCAGAGACGUACAACGCCUGUGUGGAGGCGAAAGUCCAGAUGCGCAGCCAGGGGGUGGGAGACCAUUUUGAGUUUAGCACAGCUCAAACUCCUCAAAGCCACACAGUCGGAGUGUCCUGCCACCCCAGUGUGCAGAGUGUGUCCUCAGGCCCAGAGAUCCCCAUGGACCAUUGGGUGGUGCACGAACGAGUGGAGGUAAAAGAUCAGUGUGUGGGGAGAAGAGUGGAGACGUGUGACCAGCAGGUGGGCGUGGAGCUCAACAUUUGUGAGGCUGGAGUGAACACAGAGGAAUCAGUGGACAGUUUGGCUCUUUGCAAACCCAUGAGGGAGCUGAUCAAAGAGUCCAGAACCGUGGGCUGUGGAGAUUGUUCCGUGGAUGUGGUCGUCAGUCCUAUCAAGACUCUGGUGUCGCAAGGAACCGACCCAGAUCUAGUCAGCACAGUGGACUCUGGUGUCAUGGCUACCCCUGAUUCAGCCACUCAGGAAACUAACACUGAGACUGAAGUUGAGAGUAAAUCCACCAACACAAAGACAGUCGUCCUGACCGACUCUUUCACUGAUAUGUCGUUACUCACUUGCGAGAAGCAAACUAACACGGCUGUGAUUGAAACCCGGACUGUUGCAGCUGGAGAGGGACUUGUGAAAGAGGUUCACUCGACAGCAAAGACUCGCUCCAUCGCUGUUGGAACCAGCACAGACGCAGAGUCAUUCCUUGGCAAGUCAAGCUCUGCUAAAACCAAAGAAUGUGGGGUGGGACCUGUUAGCAUUCAAGAGAACUUCUUGGUUGGUUUGAAAACAAGGAACAUAGCAUGUGGACCCUCCCAGCCGUAUGAAUCUGUCACAGCAAGCAGCAAAAGCACUGAGACAAAGGCUGAGGCUGCACCACUGCAGGCUCAGGCUCAAGCUCAAGGGGGCGCUGGUUUGGACCAUUACAUCGAGAGGGUGCAGAAGCUGCUGCAAGAGCAACAAAUGCUGCUAACAGAGAACUACAGCGAGCUGGCCGAGGCAUUUGGUCAGCCUCAGUCCCAGUUUGGAUCCAUCAACAGCCAACUGGUCAGCACUCUUUCAUCCAUCAACACGGUCAUGAAGUACGGGAGCGUGGAGGACAUCCUGAAGCUGCAGUCGGACGCCAUGAGCUCAAACAAAGGUGAGAGGUGAAGCACUCACAGUCCUGCAGAUGCUGAUGUUUCCACAUGCUCACCAGUGUUGCAAAAGCAUAAGUGGUUGUUGUGGCGAUUGGCUCCAAGUCAUGUCAGGCAACUGGAGCAUAGUUUCAAGGGCAGACAACAUAAAAAACACACACACAGAUUCACACAGACACACACACAGCCUGCUUGCCAGCUACUUUGUUUGAGUAAGGAACUGUCAUGGAUUCAGUGCCUGUGGGUGCAUUAAAGAGUGUGUGUGUAAGUUUGUUCCAUUAUAGACCAAUCAAUCAAACUGUUUUUAAUCAAUAGUCGUCUGUUUGAUUUCAUGGGUAGAAGAGAUUUAAGGCAUGAAAAGAGAUUGCGUCAGUUAGAUUAAAAGUUUUAUGGCUCACUUACUAAGACACUUAAAUCACAGUCUGACUGAUCUGAUAAAGAUGCUGGAAAAAGUGUUUGAUGAACUUUUGAUUAAACACUAUUUACAUUUAUUGUUGCAUAUUCACUCGGUCGCAGCUGUUCCUUUUAAUCCAUCAUUGUCUGCAUGUUGUUCAGUUUCUGUAGCCAAGCAUUUCCACCACAUGUGGACAAGUAAUAUGGUGUGAAACCACAAUCAGUUAUGUGUGUUGUUGACACACAAGCAAAAGAAAGUCCCCUAUAGGGCCUCUAGUGAGCUAAACUCCCAUGUUUAUGAUUGAAGAAGAAUAUCUCAGCUGGAAAGACGGUUCUCUAGUGAAAGUAAAUUUGUUAAAAAAUGUCAGAAACUUUAUAGAGGGGGCUGUGGCACAUUCUGGCAUAAUUUCUCUGACACCAUGUCAAAACCUCUAGACAUAAAUCUCCCAUCAUAUCCUCAAAUCUGUUUGUAAGGAGACUCUAAGAGUAUUGAUGGACAAUUAAGAAAGACACAAAAGAAAUUCUUUGCAUUGGUCUUGUACAUUGCCAGGAAGUGCAUAGCCAUUAUAUGGAAGUCUGACUCCCAACUCCCUACAGCAAGAUGGAUUUCAGAAAUGAACAGUUGUAUUCCACUUGAAAAGAUCACAUACUCACAUAGAAAUGACUACAAAACUUUUAUAGAGAUUUGGCAACCCUAUUUAGCUCAUAGAGACACCCUUCCAACUUCUAUAGUGGGCAGCAUGGAGAAAGAGAAUUAGAAUCAACAAGCCUUUGGUCACCAGUAAGAAUUGUUUGUUUAUUUAUUUUUUUCCUGCCUCUUGUUUUUGGUUGUGUUUUCUUUUUAGUUUGUAUAUGGGGAAGGAGGUUUGUAAUUUUGCUUUCACAUUUUCUUAUAUGUGUUAAGUUUGAAAACUGAAGAUAAAAUAUUCUAAAAAAAAAAAAAGAAAGAGGGGGCUGUGGCUGCAGGGGAAAGAAAUUGAAGUCAAUUAUCCUUCUCUCAAUGGGAUGAUUGAGUUGUUUUUUUUUUUUUUUAAUUAAAGCUGAAAUAUAUCGAUGUGUCUGAUCUGGAAUAAAGUUAUUAGAAUUUAAUGUUAAAUAGUGGGAAUAUGGGAAAACAAAGGCGUUUUCCCUGUAGGUUUGAUUCUAGGAUGAAACGCUCCCUUGCUCACCCCGUCUCUGUGAAUGUCCUGUACAGUGCGUGCAAAUACAAAGUACAUAAAUCACCUUUAUCGGUCUAGCAGAAAGAUUUUAUUGCGUUUUUUGAUUCUCAAGUUUCACUAAUGUUGCAUCUGUUUACAUGGAGUAGGUGGGCUGUAGAACCUGUACUGCAGGAGCUCUGGGAGUUCUGUCUUCACUGUGGUCCAUGAUACAAACUAAGAUUCUGCAAAAGUUUGUCGACAGGUUCAAGAUAUUCUAGCAGUUUCCCUGACGGUUAACGUCUCACGUCAUAAGCGCAGUGUUGCGUGUGUUUUUGUUUUAAGGAUUAGGAAAAUUGUAGUUUUCUUGUGGGAACAAAUUAUUGUCGCUGUACAAUACCAGGUUAUAAUGCAUGUUUUUGUUGUUUGAUGAGAUGUUAAACAAAUUCACUGAAGAUCUGCAGGUUGUUCAGAGGACACCAAAGUCACUUACAGUGUAGAGACAAAGUCAGGUGACAUUCAGGACUGUUCCCGCUGCCCUGCAGAGGAUCUGCUCUGUGUUCACACACUGUUUAAAGAGAACCCUGAUGGGAUCAGACAGGCCAAAGUUAUCUCUGACCCUGAAAUAUGCAGCGGGGGCUUUGGACGUGAACCAACAAUGAGCUCAUUUCAUUUUGGGAACCAGUAACGUCGUACCAAUCGGCUGCUUGUUGUUUUAGCAGGGCCGCCCUGCCUUCACUCACACCUCAAUGCUGAUGCUGAUUCAUGGCUCCUUCUGAGUUACAUAACAUGCAUUCAUGCCGGCUGGCACAUGAACGCAGGCUGAUUGUCUAAGUUUUGUGGGAGCUUGUUUCUUGUCAGUUGCUGGCCUCUCUCGGGGGAUGUAGACGUGCUGUCUCUCCACGUAGCUGUGGAUAUGAUGAUGCCACUUAACUUAAAAAGUUCAGCAAAGACAGCAAUUCUCAGAUUUUUACAGUAAAUGGAGAACUAUCUUAAAAAAAAUCCCCAAAUGUUGAGGGUGAGAGUUUAAUGGGUUACUGGAACUCUUGCAGGAAAUCAUUACCAUCAGUGUUCACAUCUCUCAGCAGUGUUUUUCCUCUCUCCUAAAUGCUUUCCUGCCUCUAACUACCAGAACAGGCUAUCACAUGAAGUCAUCUUGCAGCUGUUUUUAUUCUGGCACAAAAAUCUCUAAACACACUGGCUGAUUGACAGAGGAGCUGAGAACUGAUGUGUACUUUCUAAUCCAACAUUUCCAGCUUCAGUCAGAGUGUGUUGGCGUUGCACUCCUGAUCUUUGACAAGCCAUGACAAGCAACCUCAGAAAACGACCUUUGUUUUCCUGUGAUGCAGAUUUAUUACCUCAAGAUUAAGAAGCCCAUUUCCUGGUGAUAAAGAGAAAUUAAUCUUUAAUGUUGAGAUAAAAGGAUAAAAAUAACUGUCAGUGGACUCUCUUGGCUUCUGGAGGGUUUAAAAGCUGAUUGAAAUUUAAACUAGGGACACGUGCAUUCAGUCAACUUUGCAGUCAAUCAGUAACAGGAUUACCAGCUGGAUAAUAGAGCUGUUACUAACUUUAAGGGCUGGGCAAUUUUGGGGAAAAAAAAAAAAAAAAGAUCAGGAUAUAUUUUGUCAUAUCGUCUGAUCUUGAUUAUUUUCACAAUUUUUUUUUUUAAGCUGCCAGUUUUAAAGCAUCUGUACUAAAAACUUAAGAAACUAGAGAUUAGUUCGUUUUAUUAACAUACAAAGAAAGCUAGUUAAAUAAGAUAAACAUAAAAAAAUAUAAAAAACAUUUUUAACUUAACAGUACAACAAAUGUAGAUAAAUACUAAAUAAUACAGUGAACUAGUUUACAGUAUUGAGUGUUUUUGCAGGUAUACAAGACCCAAAAUAAACAAAUGCCCCCCUCAGGGUUAAUGAAGUCACCUUAACCUGUAAACAUUAGAUGAUGUAAAUGUAAAUGAUACGAUUGAUUGCUGUUUUGGUCUGGGGGCUGCACUGCUAGUUGUGGCUAAACUGCUAAUGCUACUUGUGCACAGACCCCGCUCGCAUUUUCAUGCUUUCUGAGUAAUCAUUCAGAAAGUAGCUCUUCAAAUGAUUAAACAGAUUUAUUGUGUUGUCGAUUUUUAAGGGAACCAUCAUACCUUGCACAUCGGCACAUUGGCAUCUUUGGAGGAUGACUCAAAGUCACAGCUGACAUCUAUUUUGCUUCCCUUAGCUCCGUGUUUCAUUCCAUGUUCGGUCAUUCUAUUUACUUCUCCUGUUUACUUCUCCUGUAACUUACAGAAGUAAGUAGGAAAAGCUCAGCUCUGAUUGGCUGUUGUCACGCACGUUUCUGCCAUGUUUGAUCGAGUAAAUAUGCUCACAGCUGAUCGUCGUGAUUGAACUGAAAUUUAUCCUGAUCAUUAAUCACGAUCAUAUAAUCGCCCUGUCCUACAUACUUUUAAUUCUUUUCUGUUAACUGUAGUCCCAAAAUUCUGGUCAUAUAAUAAUUUCAAGCUGUAGUGCAUGCUGUAAAGCUCUACUACCUUGUAAACAAUCACAGAUAAGGUUAAACUGUAGUAGUAGUAGUAGGAGCUCUGACAGCUAAAAAAAUUGGCUGAAUUUUGUUUAGAAAUGCAGAUGUAGAAUUUUGCAAUCUCAAACGCUCAGGAUCAUGUAUAGAAAUAAUCUUUUAAAGAAAUGGCUCGGCAAUUUAUCUUGUAUUGCUUCUUUCUUCUGUACUGAAAUUUAAUCAGUAGCAGUUAGCAUCUCAAGUACAAACCUGCAGCUGUCAGCUCAUUUUAACUCCUGCUAAGACUUUGAACUAUUAAAAUAUACAUGCAGCAAAUCACAGCACCCUUUUUAAAUAUGAAAGAAAGAAAGUGAAGGAGUGAAAGAACAGAAACAAAGACAGCAGCCGUAUGAAAAUAAAACCAGAAUCUUUAGGGUUUAUUUAUUCUCCAAUUCACAAAACAGUUAAAGUUAUUUCCCCUGAGCACUUUACUGAACACUGAAUCCUGAAAUUAGAGCUGAUUAAAAACACUUAACCCAGCACUUACAACUUUGUAUUUAAAUUAUGAACAAUGAAAAGUCUCUUGAGAAAAUAGCUGGAGUACAUUGAUGAUUUUUCUGCUCAUUCUUCUGCUCGAAGCACGCACAGGUUCAACAUCACAGGCUCCUAUAUAUCAUCAAAUGUCUUUAGUGUUCAUAAACAUCUGCACAUAAGUUGUUUUUAAAAGCUCUACACAUUCACUGCAUUCUUGCCCCACCUGUGCUGUCGGUGUUUGAUUUCGUCCUUCCUCUCCCUCUUCAGAGAGCACUCAGCAGCUCUGCGUUAAGAUGGAGCGGUCACAGAUGGAGAAGAUUUCAUCCAGCCUGACUUCUGCAGAAAACCCUGCCAGCACACCUGCACAGCAGCAGCAGAUCAGCGCGGCGGAGCAGAAGAGCCGCAUGGACCUGCAGAUGUCUACAGCGCUGCACGGUACGGCCGUCAGACCUGAAGAGUAUUUAGUUUGUAAAAUGGUUGUUUGGUUUGCUUUUAGGAUCUUUUACAAACUCUUAAGUGCAGGAUUCAGACGAAAAGGAACCAAAAAAACAUGAAUUAUGGAAUUAUGGAAGGAUUUUGAGCGGAAAAGUAAAACGUUGUUUCCACUGCCGCUAAAAAAUCAUAGAUCAGGUCCAUUUCAUAACGACUCGUCUCAUACACUGAUCAGCUGUGAAAUCAUGAUCACUGAUGGGUGCAGAGACAAUCAUUGAUUGUGUCUGCACAAAGCAGUGUGUGGGUGGGAUAUUUCAGGCAGCAAAUGAACGUUUUGUCUUCAAAGUUGGAAGCAGGGAGAUGAGCAAGCGUAAUGAUGUGAGAAACUGUGACAAGAACCAAACUGUGGUGGUUAGAGAACCAGAUCAGAGCAUGUCCAGCAGCAGCUCCUGUCUGUAGUGGUCACUACUUAUCAAAAGUGUUGAGUCUAUAUAAAUCCAAAUAUGUCCCUUUUGUCCCACCUGUACAUGGUUGUCAUAUUUGGCGUCUGAAAUUCCUCAUUUUGAAACCUGGCAACCGGUUAAAACAACCAAAAACAUCUCCAUCAGGCUGGAUUCCUCCUGUCAGGCUCUGCACGCUGCCACCUGUCAAAACACUGAACCUGUGCUGUAUGACUGUGCAGCAGCUACUGAUGGUGUAUUCACCACGCAGCUCCACACAUGUUGGUGCACGAUCACACACUAUCUCUCAGCUUGUCCCCUGCAGCAGAGAAAGAGAAGCCCCCCCACCCCACCUCCACCCUCCUUUUAUCAGGGCAAGUCUUGGCAGAUGUGCAGAGCGUCCUGGCUCUGGGCUGGUAUUUUGGGCUGUAAGGCCUCUAUUUAUCGUGACUGAGAUAGUUCAGGGUUUGGGGAAAACUUCCAGAAAAGCCUCUCUGACAGAUUGCUUUAGAAAGAACAGCAGACGGACACUUACUGGCUACUUUACUCUCUGCUGGAGCUCUUGAUCAUGUCAGAGGGCUUUUAGGGGAUCAUUCAGGCGUUAUCAGACUGUUAGUAAUGAACUGACUGAGCAUGUUAACUCAGCGGGAGGAUACUGUAAUGCUAACGACCAAGAAUACAAAGGAGGGUUUGAGAAGAAAUGUCUACACAACAUGGUAUGAUACUGACUUUUGACCGUUUUAUGCUUUAAUCAUAAUGAUGAUAUUAUAGCUAACGAUAAAAACAUUUGCGUCUAAAGCAGAAUUGGUGGGAAGAUGGAAUUAAAAGCUCUAUUAUGUAUUUUUAUUUAAAGCCCCUGUGAGAAAACAGGCGACAAACAAGAGUUUCACUAAGUGUGACUGUGUGAGCGAAUGAAUGAUGUAUCCAUUGUAAAGCACUUUGAGGGUUUCUGAUAAAGCGCUAUAUGAAAUCUGACGCAUUAUUAUUAUUAUUAUUAUUAUUAUAAGUUGAUAUUCUUUGUCUAAAGACUGCCUCUGUUGGUUUUCUCUCCUGCAGGGCAGCCAUGCAGCCAGAGCACCCUGAAAUCCAUCAUGAAGAAGAAAGAUGGCCGACCAGACUCCAACGGCACCAAGAAGAACCUGCAGUUUGUCGGGGUGAAUGGAGGGUGAGACGGACAAUAUAUCCACAUGCUGUUUGAAACACUCAUUAAUACUAUAGAUACUAACCCUUUUUCUAUGUUCGAACACCUGUUGAAAGUUUAAACUACCCAGAUGUGACUGUUUGUAGUUAUUGAAAGAGAGGUCAAAGGUUUGUGUUUCACCUUUACAAGCCUGUGGAGUUUCUUCCCUCUUGACUCAGAGCUUGUUAACAUCCUCAUGUUGAUCUUUUUUACUGCAAACACCUGAGUCUUCAUGUUUCUGUGUGUUUUGUCGCCCCCUUGUGGUUCUGUCCUCCAGGUAUGAGACAACAUCGAGCGACGACUCCAGCUCAGAGGACAGCAGCUCCUCGGGGUCGGAAGAGGAGGAGGAGGAGGAUGAGGAGAAGGAGGAGUAUGGUGGAAAGGAGGGAUAUAGGAACGUGGAGGGAGAGAGCGCCGGGGAAGAGUUUCAGCCUGAGGGAGAUGAGGAUGUGGAUAAGAGGGGCGGAGAGGAAAGUUCAGAGAAGCAAGAGAAGAGAGAGAGGUGAGUCCAAGAAUAUCACCGUCUGCAACUGCUAAUAUCAUACCCAUACUGUUACAUAUCUUCAAUAGUUUGUCUGAGCCAGAGUCAAAAGAAGCCGUACUAAAAGUCAUCUGCAAACAAUAGGCCUCAUUUAUCUCCUUGAAAUUUCUACUCAUGAUGCUUCAGUCACAUUUAUUCUCAAUUUAGAUUUUGUAUUUAGCAUUUAUGGAAAGGGGACGGAGCUGAGCAGAUUAAGCAUUAAUUAAGGCUGGGCGAUAUGGGAAAAAGACAUUUAAAAGUGCUUAUUAGUAGCAUGUCUUUUACAAUACAAGAAGCGACUGCAUCUGUGAGGUCUUUCUGUCUCUUCCACAUUUUGUCGUAAGGCGUUGUGCUAGAGAAAGCGGACUGCAUGGUCAGCUUUUUCGGCUGCACAGGCACCAUGGGCUCCUUGCUCCGCUCGGGGUUUGUAAACAUUUGCAUUGCGUGUGCUCUGCCGCGUGGCACUGCUUCAGGUGGUGAAAAAGAUUUGUGGUAUUCCCCGACUUUGCAAGAACAUGUACUCAACAUUAUUUGUAGUCCACAUUACUCUGCCUGAUGUCCGACCUCAAAAAAACAAAAUACCUCCACACCACCUACGUUUUGAUGCCAGAGUUGUUGACAAGGUCAUCGUCUUUUGAGCCUUCAUCUACAUUUCUGCCGGGUGUAGCACUCAUUUUCUUUUUUUCUCACCAUGGUUGCGUGUAGCUGAGGCCUGUUACUACGCAGUUGUUUGCUACUUUGUUCGAAUUCAGCACAUGAUUGGUUCAGCAGGAAGCGGACCUGGAGCAGCUCUCCUUUUCAUUGGCUAUUUGUAUAGUCUAUGAAAACAUGGCAGAAUGCAGACUAUCGAAAAGCAAAUUGACCAUGUUUUAUAUUGAUAUUGAGGGAAAUUAAUUUUCAAUAAAUAUCAUUAUAGUUUUAUUGCCCAGCCCUAGCAUUAAUAAAAAAGUGUGGAAUUGAUUAGUGUUUAAAGUGCACGACAAAACUGCUGAAUGGAAAGAAAGCCAUCUUUGUUGUCUGGUCAGAUUUUUGUCACCUGUCACUCUCAUGUGAGGGAAACAAUCCCAGAUUUUGUCAUUUCCCUGCUUUUAUAUGGGUAGCUGUGGGAGAUGUCACCUGUCACUCUCAUGUGAGGGAAACAAUUCCAGAUUUUGUCAUUUAUUUAUUAUUUCAAUGUUUUAUCUUGUAUCUGAAGGUGUGAACUCAGUGAGAAGAUGCUGGCUGCAUGCAACGUUCUCAAAAACCACCUCAGUGACCCCAAAGCUGUGAGCAGUAAAGAUGUGGUGAGGAGAUUUUUCUCUGUCCUCUGUGUUUUUAGGUUAUUUUGGCAUAUUUCCCUCCAUGUAUGUAUAUGUUACUAUCAUUUCAAAGGAUUAAGUUUCAGGUUAGAUCACAGACAUGCAUUUUCCAUCCCCUCACACUUCCUGUAUUUAAUCACACACCACCCCUCCCCUCCUCAGAGAGCCUGUCUGAACACGGUGCAGCACGAGUGGUUCCGUGUGUCCAGUCAAAAAGCCGCGUCGGCAGCCAUGGUAGAGGACUACUUGGUAGGAUUUGGAGCCGUCUCGCCGCCUGUGCUGCGUCACAUUGUCAACAUGGCUGACGGGAAUGGCAACACGGCGCUGCACUACAGCGUGUCACACUCUAACUUCCAGGUGGUGAAGAAGCUGCUGGAUGCAGGUGAGAGCGGCAGGUUUCUACUGAAAAUGUACAAAUAAUCAUCAUCCAUCAUCUCUGCUGUCCCUCAGUUUGCAGCUGAAAGUCAGCAUCAAUAACCUAUUUUUAAAGUUUCAAAUCAAAACUUUUUAGUGACUAAGAUUUCAUGCAGCACGGUAUCAGGACUUAGAUUUCAGUUGGGGAUCAGAGUCCCUCAGCCGUGCAGCCUCCUCUGAAGGUUCAAUAGACUGUUAUGAGGUCCCGCUCACUCACUGCUCUAAAAGCCUUUUGUCCCCUCCGCCUUUUGUGUCCUUGUGUCCUGUGACAGCACCUCCACCCCCCUUGUCCUCUUUGUGUCCAUUGUCCUCACUCCAUCCUGGUUCCUUAGACCUCUCCGCCCCUCAGAGGCAGAAUAGCCACCCUCAUCUUCGCCCCCCUUUCCCCUGACAAACAGACUCUUCUGUCUUUGAGCGGCUGCUGACGGAGAGAGUAAGAGCCUGAAGUGAUGAGCUGAAACUUGUGCGUAGCUGUGUGUUUGACUGACAGGUGGAGACGCUGACAAGUCAAUCACAGAUCAGAGUUUAGGAGUGUUUGAUUCUCCUGAAGACCACCCAGCUGCUGCACAGAGCUUUCAACAUGCUGUGUGUAUGUGUGUGUGUGUGUGUGUUUUCCAGAUGUGUGUAACGUGAACCAGCAGAACAAGGCCGGGUACACACCCAUCAUGCUGGCAGCGCUGGCCGCCGUGGAGACGCCCAAAGACAUGCACAUCGUGGAGGAGCUCUUCAGUAAAGGGGACGUGAACGCCCGAGCCAGCCAGGUCAGUGAGAGUCUGAGGGGUCAGAGGUCAGAAGGCAGCAGCAGGGCACACACACACACACACACACACACACACACACACACACACACACACACUUGGAGGGUCCAAUAAAGUAUCUGUGGGGUCAGAUUAAGCUCAGACUCUUUGUUCCUAGGUUUGAGCUGAAUUUAGGUCCAUAUCUGGUUGAUGCACCAACAACUUAAGGAAUAAAAUUUAUUGUUUUUUUUCCUGAUUCACUUUGAUAAUUAAAAUAAACUUCUGCAGACUGUUGAUGAAAAACAAAAAUGUUUCCAACCCAGUUGAGUUUGACUCUUUUUUAAUUUGUGCUCUAGUGACACCAUGUGGUGAAGAAAGGUCACUACAGCACACUGUUAGGAAAAUUUAACUUGUUCAUAUUAAACUUUUUUUUUGUAUAUGAAAAGUCACACAGCAUUUUUGGACACAUUUCAGUGCAGAGAUCAUUCAUAUUUAUUCAGAAAAAUCAAAUUCAUUCAGGAACAUGCAGAUAAAUAUAUCACUAAACUGAGAAUGUAUGGAUUAAUCUGUGUAACCCCGCCCCCUUACCUUGUUAUCGUCCUGGUUACAGGCUGGUCAGACGGGGCUGAUGCUGGCGGUCAGUCAUGGCAGGAUGGACAUGGUUCGAGCCCUGCUGGGUCACGGGGCCGACGUUAACAUCCAGGAUGAUGAAGGCUCCACAGCGCUGAUGUGUGCAAGUGAACACGGACACGUGGAGAUCGUCAAACUGCUGCUGGCUCAGCCGGGCUGCGACGCCACGCUGAGUGACAGUGUGAGUGUGCGAUGAGGGAUUUUAUUCUUUUAGUGCAUUUAGAGCCUUUAGUUUACAUUCUUUCAAACAGUUUGAAAAUACAUAUUAACAAAAACUAGUAUUGUGCAGAGAAGAUGAGAAGUGGUUAUCGGUUAAAUUAGAGGUAUUAGUGAGGGGUUGUGUGGAGAGUGUAUUGUGCAGGUGUUUGGAAGCCCCAGAAGGUGCAUGAAGAGUGUCUCUAUGAAAUGACCACAUCCACCAAUCACAUGUACCUGCAACACUAGAGCAGAUAACAGUCAACCAAACAGGCCCAUAGGUCGUCAUAUUGGUAGUUUAAGGAUAUGUUUUGAUCUUUGUUUUCCUCCUUCUGUCUUUUUAUUUCAUCAGGAUGAGAGUAACGCCCUGUCCAUCGCUCUGGAAGCAGGACACAAAGACAUCGCCGUGCUGCUUUACGCUCACGUCAACUUCUCCAAAGCCCAGUCCCCGGUACGUUUCCAUAAACCCCUCUGCUCAAAACUACUCUGUUCUUAACGUUACAUGUAGCUAACAUGAGGAACUUUUAGUUUGUCCCAAUUCUGGCGCCCUCCUGUGGACUAAGCACUCUUUGCUCAUCUGGUCUUCUACAUAUUUAAGCUAUGAUUUUUGAAAACAAUCUCAGCCUGCUGUCUUUUGAGAGCACCUACCCUUGCACUGGUUUCAGGUUUUAAAAAAGAGUAUCCAGAAAUCAGUCAUCUUGUAGUUGAUGAUCUUGAUCACUUUUGGAUGUCAGUACAAGUCCUAAAUAUGAAUUUCAGUGUACUUCAUAAAAAUCAAAACUCAGCAUAGGAGCUUUAAACUCAUGAUGAAGAUUUAAAUUUUCUUACUGGAAUUGUUUUGGAAUUCAUUUUUUAAAUUUGAGGAAAAUCUUUGUUUUUGUUCCAGGGGACUCCUCGACUCGGAAGGAAGACGUCACCGAGUCCCACACGGAGGAGCAUGUUCGAGUAGAGGGCCCGCCUCUCACCACAAACCCUGUGCUGCUAUUGUUUCACGCUGAACGAAGCCUUACCCCCAGCUGGAUGAGGGACUUAAUCCCAACAAACCAACCAAAUAAAGAGAUUUCUACAAACCUUUUUUAUUUAUGUUCACACAUGAGAGCCCAAAGUGCCCUUCACUAUGAAUGUAACCAGCCGGUGCCUCAAGUCCCAUCUCUUUCUGUUCAGAAAUGUUCAACAUGGACUCAAAUCCAACUACAACAGGCCAUUUUUUUUCUUCUUUUAUACUUUUUUGUUCUUGAAUUUCCUCAUUUUUUGUUGCAAAUUGACAAACUUUUUUUUUAAAUUCCUACAGAGCUCAAUGUUGAUCAUUCAAGAGCACCAAAACAUCUUCAUUUGUGAUUAUUUGUCUUUAUUUUUCUUUUUGAGCAGAUCAGAGAAGACAGAUGGAGAAUUAUCCACACACACACGCUAGAGGAAGUAUUUCCUGUAAAUAAAUCUCUUGCCUCGGUUUCACACAUGUGCACACAUCUCCUCAGCACAUGUCCAGCUCAUGUAGACGAGUACAUCAAAGACCUAGACUGGAGAAAUUGUACUUUUAUACAAAUCCUUUGUAUCUAUUUAAAGAGAAGAAUCACAGUAUUUUGAAUAUUUCCUAUUCCUACAUAACAACCCAUGAAGUUAUAUAUUUAUCAAAGUAUAGUUUUUAAUGCAGAUAUAUGUAUUUCAUUGUACAUACGGUGGUCAGUAGAGUUUAGUUUUUGUGUCCAGUUUCUUUCUCUCAUGUGUCUCUCGUGUGUAAAAUAAACCAUCUGUCCUCCUUUUAGUGUUCAUCAAGGUGCUGACUUUCAUCCUCCAAUGAGAAUUGAAGUGCCUGAGUCUUUGCCAUAUAACAAUAAACAUCAAUUAAAGUGUA